AUGAGGAAAGGCUGCUUCAACGGAGUUCUCAGCACCCGAAUGAGAUCACGGGCACCUCCCGGAAGUGCCUUAAUUGCACCUCGCCUGAGGCCAAAGAGCAGGAAGGAACGCCAGGCCUUAUAUGGGGCUAUAUGGUAUAAGAGACACACAACAAAAGUAGCCCUUGGGCGGGAAGUCCGCGCCCGCCUUCCCUCCGAGGACAAAGCGAAACCAAAGCAGUUUCGCCAUGUGACCGGAAUCCCAAACUCUCCCCUGAAAACUUUCCCCCUGAUUCAUUCCCUAUAGGGCAGCUGAGGCGGACUCUCCUCCCCACACAAGCCAGGUGCGCGGCUCCGUCAGGUGUUGCGUGAGGUAAAUUUCGUUACCUUCUCAGGUAGGCGGAGGGCGGUGCUGGGGAACAGCCGGCCGGACGACGGCCCGAGGGCGGCGCUUGGGAAGAGCCGGCGUCGUUGCGGAGGGCGGUGCUGGGAAGAGCCAGGCCGGGAGGAGGCGGUGGCGGCGGCCAGGAGGGGGGAGGCGCCCGGAAGAGCCCGUUCCCUAGCCGCCUCCUUCGCAGACUCCGUGGCUCGGCUCGGGACAGGGCGCGGCGGCGGCAAGCGAAAGGCCCAGACGGACGGGAGUCAAAGCGGCCGGUACUUCACGGGUGAGGGGUCGGGAUGUGGGGGGGGGGGAGUUGUUGUUUUUUUCCCCCCCUGAGGUAAACAAGCGCCCCCGGUGCGGAAGGUUUGGGUGGGUUUUCUGAGGUAAAUCACGUUCCCCUGAGGAGGAGCGGCCCGCCUCAGGUAACUUUCCACUCAGGCGUCGCCACUUUUCGCCCGCCUGGGCCUCCUCAGGCCGAGUUAGAAACUUUCAACUUCCGAAGGUGGCUUUUAAAAGGGCGGCGGCCUGGGCGCGGCGCCCCGUCUUUCCCCCUCGCCCCGGAUAUAUUCUCUCGCUCCCCUUUCGAAGUGGGACACGGAACUGCCGUGCGUGUGAAUGGGGGGGGGGAGAUAAUCCCCUCCGACGCUCGAGGCCUUUUCCUCGCUUCCCCUCCCCCCCUUUCUGGGCGGCGCCCUCAUUCCAGGGAUUUGUGAGCUGCUAUCUAUGGAAGGGAGGAAGCACACACACAGAGAGAGAGGAUCUGGUUUUCUUCCCCAGUAGUUAGUUAAGGAGGAAGUAGGGGUUUGGGUCUCUUUUCUAUCGCCCAGGCUUUAUCUCUGGUUUUUUUUUUAAUGUUGGUGGUUUUUUGCCCGCUUGUGUGUGUGGCGAAAUGUGCAAAUGCACAGCAGUGGAGAGGUGGUUGCACCCCAUCAGCUACUGAACUUGCCUUGGAUCCUCGCCCACAAAGUUAGGAUGGAAGUUAGGAGUAAAGAAAAGAAAAAAGCAAGCUUUUUGCUGCUCCGCUUGACUUCACCUUGAACCAGCAAACUCCUCCUGUAGCCUCCCGACACACCUUAAAUCCAAUUAUAAGCCUAGGGUGAUCUGAUAAACAUUGACAAUCGAGAUCUUGUGCGCGUCAAUAGUAGUAGUGUUCGGAUCAUUUCUUUCAAAUGCUGUGGCCGCCUGCCAUAAAUUUACUUUUCUCAAUCUUGGUUUAGUUCACAUGCGUUGCGUUAAUUUGCCCAUUAGCAAAACAUCCCAUAUUUUAAUAAAUCCAAUCUGUCUCCUGUUAAUAGCCAGGAUGAGUUCCAUUGUUGGGCUACAAGCAUCUGUGCUGCAAGUAACAUAUGUUGUAUUGAUUUUUUUGUAGGAAGGAACAAGUGGCAUGUUAAGUGUUCAGAAAGUAUUUAUAUAGUACUGUAAUCCUGGGCAGGUUUGCUUGGACUAAGCUGCAACUCGCCCUGCCCUGAGGACUUAAGAUAGGUUGAUGUGUAUGAGGUAGGUUAGGGUAGGGUUGCCAUAUUUCAGGAAGUGGAAAUCUGGACGCAAAAGUUGGGGCAAAGUCACCCACCAAGCUUGGUUGCUGAGUGGUGACUUGAACCAUUACAAAUUUGGAUAAUAGCCAGAUCAGCAAGCACCGCACCGCCCACCAUGCUGUUGUUUCCUGUUCUAGAAUAAAAAACAAAUACUGUAUGAAUUGCUGGGUGCAUGGUUGUUGUUGGCCAAGGUGUUCAGAGCUACUGUACUUAUCUGAGCAGUGGGCAGCCUUUUGAGUCUCCCCUUUGCCUUGGAAAAGGGUCAGGAGUGGGCAAGCACAAUUUUUGACUUUGUGACCAAGGCCAGCCAGAAAUUAUGGACCCAUGUGUGGAAGUUAAGGUGUAAAGAACUGGUGCAGGAGUGCAGAGUUACUUUGCAAUCCCAGCUGCUGUUUAUGAACAGCAAAUAUUGUACCUCCCAGAACUCUGUCCUAUAACCGCUGCAGUGCCAUAAGAGUAGCAUUUCAUAUUAUUGAACUCACUUCCAUUUAAAUUACAAAACUACAUCUAAAAGCAUAUUUUAAGAGCCUUGCCUUUUUGUUGUGCUUUAUCAUGUGGUACAUUUUCCUUUAGAAACAAUUUUUCUUACAAUAUAGUGUUUUGUAAACAUUAGCAUAGAGAAUACAGUUCUAAAGUAGCACAUUAAGCAGUAAGUUAUGUUUGUCAUAUGUCAAAUUGUUAUUGAUACGAUAAAUCCAAGAAGAAGAGUGUAGCACAUAAUGGUUACUCCCAAUGUCACCUAAAACAUGGUUUAGUAAAAUAUGAACAAGCCUAGCCUCCUCCUGGACUUGUGUGCUCCCUCCCACCGUUCCCACCCAGGAGGAGUUAAAAUACUUUUUGUUUAACCGUGGUUUGGCAUACAGUAUUAGAUUUGAAACUUUGGUUAAUUAUCUAGUGGUUAACAAACUAGUCAGCUUCAUACCACUGUAUCUGAAGUGGCUUCUUUGAAACGAAGUGUUGAAUGUUAACCACAGUGACGGGUCUGGACAACAUGACAAACUGCAAUUAACCAAAAGCAGAAGUGAAAGCUUCCAAACUCCUUAGUGGAGGGGGUAGAAGGAAUGCAUAAGCCCAGAGGAUGCUAGCCUCAUUCAUAUCUUGCUAAAUUGUAUAAUACUGGAAUACAGUAAUACGUGUUAAUAUUUUGUUCCUGGGAUCCCAUGGAUUAUGUAGGUUUCCCCUGUUCUAUACUUCUUGGAGACAGUAUCUCAUUUUUUCACUUUGUUUAUAGAACCACUGAGUAAAAGUUACAGGUGUUUUGAGAAUUGAACAUAGCUGUUAUAAAACACUGUACACAGGCUUACCUCCUGGGUGAUGACUAACUUUAGCUCCCCAAAUUUUGGCCUGGCUUGCGUAGCAGGAACAUUAGUUGCACUCCUAGAUAUUGGUAUAGUUCAAAUCUAAUUAAUUGUUGCUUCCAAUAGAAAGAGUAUUGCUUAUUGUGUUGUAUCAAUGUACAUGGUUAGUUUUUCAAAGAAGCCACUUUCAGAAAGCCUGCGAAGUUGACUAGUUUGAAACCAACUGCUAAUUUGUUCAACACAGUUGCAGGUUUGACAACAUGACAAACGAUUAUGAAGUAAAAACAGGUAGGACAGGGCCCUACCCAGAUAGUUUACAAUCUCUAAUUCAACACACAGGAAGGGAGUGGGAAGUGGAGAAGGAAAGAAUGUCCCAUUUGAGUACCUUCACUUUUCAUUGAGAAGAGGUUAAUGGAAUCUAAGAAGGCUUUGAUGUAUUGUAACAAUGAAAUCCAGGGUGGGGUGAGGGCUUUGGUGUCUUGUCUUUGAAGUCUUUUUGGCUACUGUGCAGGAAUUACAUGAAAUUCAGGGAGAUUCAUAUUUUGUUGAAGCUGUAGGGGGCAGCUUUUGUUGCCAGCACACCACUGUACUUCAAUAACCCCUAAAAGGAGCAACCGCAUGGUUGCCCAGAUAAUUUGACUAAUUUCCAUGGUAUCACCAGCACCCUCGGAAAUGCUGAUGUGGGAAGCAACUAUCUCAACCCUGUGGUUACUUCUCAUAGGUAUUAUUGGGGUUUCAUGAUAUUGAGGCACCUGGAAGCAGCUCUGUGCUGUUCCUAUAGCACAAAUUAGCAAACACACUUUGCUUUCUUCCCUGGAGAUAAGCAGUCUGUCCUCAGCUUGUGUCUUUGGCACAAAGGGGACUUUAAGUCUGAGAGCACUGUUACAUCCCUUCUUGUUCAAGAAAUCUCUCUGAAAAGGAAAGAAACCUUUCUUGGCAUUUCUUUGCAGAACGGCUUGCUUUCAACUGUUUUUUGGAUUCUUAAAAAUUCAUUCUGGUUCAGAUUUGGCCCUGGCUGCACCCAUUUUCAGAGUAAUCAGUUUUUCCUUUGCAGCAUACUGCCCAAUGUACACACCACAAUGUACACACCACUGUGUAUCAUUGAAAAUAGCGCACGAAACUUGGUUAGGUUCUGAAUUGUACCUAGUGAAAUAGAUUUGGGGAGCAAGAAACAGGAUUAGUUUAUCUCAUUGGAUGAACUAUUCAUAUCAUAGGAUAAAUAUUUCCAAGUCAGGUUGAAAUUUGAUUUUGUUUCUGCAUCGUUCCAUUAUAUGUUAGGCAACAUUUUCUUACCUCUGUGACUGUUACACUGGGUGUGGGAGGAAGGAUGUUGGGAAGGACCAUACUUAAAAGAUGAAAGUUUUUUAUGAUUGAAACAUGAUAGCAGAUACAUUGUAUUGCAGACUUCUAAAGUGUGGAGUAAGGACUAUUUGACAUAAAGUUAGUGGGCAGUGUUCUGAGUUGAGGGACAGAGUAGGGCAAGAGAUUUUGUUUCCUCUUCCAGCUUGGGUGUAUAUUGUAAAACAUUAUAAACAUCCAUCGGAACUGAAAAUUUAUGUGUCAAUCUCUGGUAUUUUGGUCUGUCUGCAAAAAGUUGAAGCUGGCAUAGUAUUAUCUUCUGACUCACCAGUGUCAAAAUUUUUAGAGGCCUGUGAUUUUAGAGGCCCUUUUAAGAAUGUUAGGGGGUGCGUAGGGGAAGGCCUACUAGACCAUGUAGAAAAUGAACAUUGUAUUUUAGCUGCAGUUCAUUUUCAGCUUUGUAUUCUUGUUAUAAAAAAGUGUGCCUAGACAUUCUGUUGUUGUGCCCAUAACCUAGAUUUAAGGUGCCGUUUAGCUCCUAGCUUUCAUAUCUCAGUUUCUAACACUGUAUGGAGGUGAUUGCUACAUUAAUUUUAGCAGAAAGGUGCUAGUACAAACGGACUCAUUAAAAUUCUGCUACUUGAGGGAGGGAGCCAAUCCUAAUAAGGGAGAAAUGAGCCUCAACAGUUUCUUCUGACCUCUUUGGUAAAGUGGUCUCUAUUUUGAACAUCAUUUUUGUUUCUUUUUCUUCUUUGUUUUUUUGGAUGUAUCAAGCCAUAGCCAGUACAACAUUACUUUUUAAAUCACUUCUAUUAAAUUCAUGUAAGCUUUAUUCCUGCAUGCUGCAUGCAUGCGUAGAAUUACUCAUUUUGGUGUACCUACUUGGAAAUUUAGUUUCCUACCCCCAAUUACAAAUGCCAUACUGUGAUUCCACAUUUUCUGUUAGGGCAAACAGGAGGGACAGGUAAUGUUAAAAGUUCUGUCAUGGGUGGAUAAAAUUGCUAGGCAGUGUAAUUUUAGGGUGUACUUUGCAUAUAUGUGUUCUUUCUGGAAUAACUGGUUUCUCUUGUCCCCCUACAACUGCUUCUCUACGGAAUCAGUCAGCAUUAAGAGGAUGUGUUGCCAUUCUUUCUUUCCUUUUUACUGUUUGUUGAAGGCACUGCCUAGAAUAUGUGUGUGAUGUGUAGUCAAAGUUCUUUGGAUAGGAUGAUUAAUGUCUGGUAUGUAGUCUGCCAGACAAGUACAGUACUUGCAUUAAUGCAGUCAUUUAAUUGUCAUCUAGGCCUCCUGCCAAAACUGAUGCAUUGCUCUAUUCAAUGUUGGAGGUGGUCCCGUCCCCCCCUGUAUUCUCUCUGACUGGAAUGGAAGCAGCAUAGAAGAACAAAAGUUUGAGACUCUUGAGUGAAAAGAUGACAUCACUGCACAGAUAUUCCUUUUCAGCAACCAUUGCCUUCCUCUUAAACUGAUAUCGUGAGCUGAUUUCAUUGUGAAAUCUGUGGCACAGAUUCUUUCUCCCUGAUAGAAGCCAAUAUGGUUUAGUGGUUAGAUUGUUGGGCUCAUAUCUCAGAAGAUGAGGGUUCAUAUCCCUACUCACUGAGUAACCUUGGGUCUUAGCAUAAUCUAUUUCCCAAAAGGUUGUUGUGAAGAUAAAAUGGGGCAGGAGGAGAACCAUGUACAGUGCCUUGAGCUCUUUAGUGGAAAGGCGAUCUAUAAAUGAACAAAUAAUGCACUUUCUUCUAUUUAAAUUUCUGCAGAUGAUGCUUAGUUUGCUACCUGUUCAACCUACUGUGAACCUAGGAGUCCAGAGAUAAUGUGGCUGAAUGAGAUCUGGUGGUGGGCUUAGAACUCAAAGGAUCAAUGAAAGCCAAGACUGAAUGAAAAGAAGGGUGUAGUAGAUAGGAGGGACAAAACAAAGCACACAGUGGGUAGACCUUGCAAAGAUUUCCAAGAAACAGAAUUGAUACCACAAUUCUGUAGUAUUGGCAGGAACAUUAAUGAGGUAGAAAAUACUGCACUUGUGGAAGGGGGUGGAGUGUGUGACUAGAAUCAUGUUGUGUGGGUAGGGGAAGACUUUGUAAAGCUGUAAUGUCUGCUAAAUUCACGUGGUAAUGGACUCAUUCUCUGGCCUCCAUGCACCAUGCCCAUCCUUUGCGCGGAGUGUAAUAGAAAGUGUGAGGGAAAUUUUGCUAAGCUUAGAACUACUGCUUCAAAGGUGAACUUAGCAAUGCACCAUGGUGAUAAAAAUGGGGGGAAAUCAGCACUUUUUAAUGCAAGCAUGUAUUUUAGCAAAAUGGCAAAACAGUAGGCAGCUUUGGGAAGUCGUGCCUGUAUUGCAAUUGGCACCUGUUGCUCAAGGUCCUAAAAACAAUUCAUGUGGUUUGUGACAAAUAAAAUAAGCAUUUCACGCUAUCACUCCCUACAAUGACUUUUAAGCCACCAUCUUUUGUAUGCAUUACAGCAGUAUGGUGUAGUUUUUAGCAAAUUAUUGAAUUUGAUCAGUUUCUGGGUUGUGACUGUGUAGCAGUAAGGAUUCAUGUCUCAUUAUCAGAAUUGUAUUAUCUCCCAUUUCACAUUCAGUUGAGCAUAUUCUCACUGGAUUUUAAAGUUUGUGUCUGUAACUGUGAUUGCUAGAGACAUCUUUAAUGCAUGAAUGUCAUUAUGGAUUUUUUUAACCAUACUAGGGCGAUUUAUUUAUUACACCAACCAAAAUAUCACAAAAUCCUAGCUUGAAACUUGCCUGGCCUAAACCAUAAUAAUAGCUACAGUUUAAGGAGUUAUCCUUUUCCCACCCCCUGCUGGGCAAUGACAAUAAAGAUAUUAUUAUUAUUAUUAUGUUGUGAUAAGAUAGUGGAGUCUUUGUACUGAUCAGAGUGGAGAGAAUGUGUUACCUGUUCCCACAUAUCAAAGAUUUGUACCUGUGGUCAGGGUCAAAUCAUGAGGUGGUAAGGUAAUAUACUAAAAAGUACUUAAGCAGUGAUGUUUUGGUCAGCUUUUUCUAUAUACUUGGCUAUGGAAAACGUACAGUAUGUGGAUGCAGACUUGGUUGUAUUAUUGACUGUGUCUGUUCUGGAGAGUGUAAAGCCAAAUAAUCUGUUUUCUACUGUGCCCUGUAAUAUGGAACUGGAUAGUUGGAAGGAGUUAAAGGAGGGCUUCUUAAAGCAUUGAAAGUACCACAUUGUUUCCAGAGUUUGUGAGAACAGAGAGAGGAAAUCCUUGUUUGUCUUCCUAUGUUAAUGGUGGAUGUAGCUAUUGUGUAAAAUAUGAAGGCUGUCUUAGUCCCAGCUGCACUGCAUUUGUUGUCAGUCCCUGUCUUCUUUUUCAUGAAACUUGAAUGUGUGUUCUCUGAGGGUUUCCAGCGAGUACAGAUAGGAUGCUGCUGCUGUGUUUUUAUUACAGCACUUAAGAAUCGUGGUAGGAAUGACAAGGUGUCUAUCCUGCUGUUCAGUCAAGACCAUCAACACAUUAAUUCCUCAUAGAUCAACCUAUGCAAUCCACUUGAGAGAGAAAUCUAUUCUUUCUUUCUUCUCCCAACUGUCAUCCAGCUCAUUGGUCUUUGACUUGUGGGUUGGAGCAGUGACAUAUAUAAUUUUAAGUUUUGUUCUGUUAGGGGUGGCUCUCUUAGCAGAAAAAGACUAAGAAAAACAGUAGAUGAAUAUAAACAUAGUGGAGGUAUAUAGAGAAAAAUGCAGGGACGGAAAUCAAAAGUAGAUCUCAUUUUGCAGGUCAGGGCUAAAUGAUGGCUACUGAUCCAACUCUUCCUUUGAUGGAUAGGACAAGAGUAAAUUUUGUCUGCUCUUGCGACAGAGUUCUAGUACUAGAAGUAAUUUGUCCUAGCCUGCAGCUGAGGCAUUCAUUCUAUGCAUACUUAACUUUUGAGUAAGCCCUGUUGAAUUCAGCAAGUCUUCUGAGUUAAAACAAUCACCAGUUUGUGCUGUAUACAGAAUUUUAGUAAGUGAAAUAACCAGAUAAGUCUCUCUUCUUCCCCAGAAAUGACUACCAUUAAUGCAGGAAACGUUAACUUCAAAUGGGAUCCGAAAAGUCUGGAGAUAAGGACGUUGGCAGUUGAAAGGUUGUUAGAGCCUCUCGUUACACAGGUAACAAAAGCUGUAUGUGGUGAUUUCUAAUAAUGUUUUGGAUCAAUAGCAGUGAGUUGGGUAACUAUUAGUUUAAUUGUACUGGUCGGUAAGAUCUGCAUUGGACUUCCAAGUAUAAAGUGGGCACCAUGGCAAACUUGCAAUGUGUAGUCUUCUGCCCACAUUUUCUUUUUUGUAAGAAAACUUCAAAAUAAAACAUGAACAAGUUAAAAAAAUCACCUUUUUAAAAUAGCUGGUGCAUAGCUGGUAAAUGUGAUCUGAUACUAUCUUUCAUAAUGCCUUCUGUGUAAAAUAUUCUUGAAUGUUGAGUUUGAAUGGGAGAAAUCCAAGUUCAAAUCCUUGCUCAUCAAUGAAUUCCACUUGGUGAAACAGUGGGGAAAAACAUAGAUAGAUAGAUAGAUAGAUAGAUAAUUAAAGCAAAUCUUAUAUUGGUCUCUUAAAAUGGAAUCUGUGGGCCUCUAUUAAAACCACAAACCAAUAUCAAAGGUAUUGUGCUUGAUUCAAAAUAAUUCCUUCCAGUAGCACCUUAGAGACCAACUGCACUGGAAGGAUUUUUAUUUGUUUGUUUGUUUGUUUGUUUGUUUGUUUCGACUACGGCAGACCAGCACAGCUACCUACCUGAUUCAAAAUAAAUUAGUCUUGUUAAUCAGUGAAGAUGCAUUUGUUUAAAUGGGACUUAAUUAGUUAAGUUUGUCAUUUCAAUCAGAUUUGAGUGCAUCUGUUGAAGAUUUUGUCCAUAGUACUUGGUGAUCUCUAAACUAUGUCUGACUUGAGAGACAAGGAGCACCCAACAGUCUCAUUCACUCCUCCUGGUGCAUGCACUCCUUCCCUCCUUCCCUUUCCCCUUUUCGGUGCUAAUGGUUGAUACUAAUAUCUACAUUGAAUCAAGUGAUGAUAUGGUUAGAAGCAUUUUUCAGACACUGAGAAUAGAUAACUUUAAAGCAGAGAUUAAAACCUCCUUCCAAUUUAUAGCUUCUAAUUCUUGUUUAAAGUCAGCUAUGAGUAGCAUUCAACUUGAGGUAAAUGUAAUACUCACUGUAAUUAGCUCAGGGGAGUGAUCAUGGAGAAUAGCAUAUGAGCCUGAGUUGGCACAUCUGAUCCAACCAUGAUUAAGAGGCUGCAAAAUGUCAUAUCUGCACCGCGCCUCACUCACUGACUCAGUUCCAAAUAACAUUAGAGUGCUUUUCUGUUCAAAGGAAAUCAUGACCAAAAUAUCUCCUUUUUGAGAUCAAAUGUAAGUGUGGCGCAAUAGGUCAUGCAUAUUACAGACAAUACUGAGGGUCAUGACAUGAUAAGUUCUCUCAAGUUUUAAUAUCAAUCUCCAGGACAAUCCAACCUAUAUCUCAUCACAAUAAUCUAUUAAAUUAAGAAAGAGGACAGAGCUGUGCAAUCACAUUGUGGAUAUGCGAUUUUGUUUCCUACAAAGGUGGGCGUUUCCCACAUGGAAAUACCUUGUUUUGGACCUUAACUUUCAGCUCUUUGCUUCUAAGAGAGUCUGAGUGCUUGGUCUGUGAGCAAAUCACUUUGCUAAUUGUUCUUGCAUUUACUUUUAAUAAACAUCCCAAGGCAGCUCUGUUAUUUCUUGCAGCUGGCCCUUCCUGAUAUAGUCCAGCAUAGCCUGAUCCAAACCACAAUUGAAACUUUAAAACAAAAUCCAAUAUAAUAAGCAAGCAAUAAUACAAUUUAGCAAUACACAAUCAUUAACAAAGAGUAAAUUAGCAAUGUUAUAUAUCACAAAAUAUUUUCGAAAACAGUGAAAAGUAAGUAUCCUGUUAGGUAGUGCAAAGGCUUUCUUCUGAGAGCCAGUGUGGUGUAGUGGUUAAGAGCGGUAGUCUCGUAAUCUGGGGAACCGGGUUCGCGUCUCCGCUCCUCCACAUGCAGCUGCUGGGUGACCUUGGGCCAGUCACACUUCUUUGAAGUCUCUCAGCCCCACUCACCUCACAGAGUGUUUGUUGUGGGGGAGGAAGGGAAAGGAGAAUGUUAGCCGCUUUGAGACUCCUUAAAGGGAGUGAAAGGCGGGAUAUCAAAUCCAAACUCUUCUCUUCUUCAAACUCUUUUCUUCAGUUAUAAAUCAACAGAUUUGUGUAAUGUUUGAUCUCAAAAACUUAGGUAUUUCCUCUGUGGUCUCUAUGCAGAUGCACACUUUCUUUUGCAUAUCUGUUGAGGAAAUAUUUGAAACAUAAAUGGGGAAACUUAAAAUUGGUCUAUCCUAGUGGGUGGCCUCACCCAAGUAGCUUUCUCUAUCUUGCAACUUUAUUAGGAUAAAAUGGAAUGGUACCAUGAAUGCCACCCUGAGCUCUUUAGAGGAAGGAAUUCAAACAUAAGAAAGCAAAAUCCCAUGUAACAUUAAACUGAUGUCUUGUGUAUACAAAACAGUGACCUGUUUCCAUAAUACAGAAAGUAAUUGUGAAUAACCACAGACAUGUAGUAUCAUGAGAAGAAAUUGGCUUGGAAAAGGAUGAGAGAAAAGCAGUCUUUGAGAAAAGCAGUAUGAAUAUGGGCAGUGCUUUUUUUCUUAAAUGUUUAGGGGUACUCUCAUUUUCCUACUCAUUUUGAAAUACUGCCCCUCAAUGAGGCCAAAUUUAGAGUCACAAAAUGUUUAGGGGUAUGCGUACCCUGCAUCCCCCCCAGAAAAAAAAGCACUGAAUAUGGGAGAGGGUGAAAUUCAGUGCUAAAGUUCAUCAGGGAAAAAGCAGGCAGAUGAAAGAUCCACAAAGUCAGAGUUUACCAACUAGGUAAGUAAAGAUAGAGCUAAAGAUGCAGGAGUGAAGAAAUAAAGGUGAGAACUGCCUGUAAAAACUGUUCUGGAGCAGAAAACUGAAAAUUUGCAUUACAGUCUACACUCCUAAUCAGCAACUAAUGUUUCAGCUACGUAACUGUUUGACAUAAAAUUCUUUUAAACUUAACAAACUCUUUUAGCUUGAUGUGUUGUUUAUUUAAAAUGCAGUCGAUCCUGCUUGAAUUGUGAUGCUUGUCCAACAAAUAAAUCUGGAACCAUAUUAGCAGGGAAGGUUCUUAUAGUUUGUCAACUAAUAAUAUGUCCUGUGUGAUGCUGCUUUCCAGGUUACAACACUGGUUAAUACCAGUAACAAGGGUCCCUCCAACAAAAAAAGAGGUCGAUCUAAAAAGGCUCAUGUUCUAGCUGCAUCAGUUGAGCAGGCAACAGAGAACUUCCUGGAGAAAGGGGACAAAAUUGCAAAGGAGAGCCAGUUUCUUAAAGAAGAGCUGGUGGCAGCGGUGGAAGAUGUUCGCAAACAAGGUAUGUAGUAAUAUCACAUUGUGGUGGGAAGCUGAAUUGCUGUCCCAGCCCUGUGAAUUAGUUCACUAAAGUUAUCAGUCUACAAAACUAGUAGCCUGCCUCUCAAUACAUGCACAUAUUUAAAGGUCAGUUUUCAUUCCUUUGAUUAUGAGAAAACAGCCAAUUUUAAGUAAUUGCACUGAUUUUAUUUACAGAUGUAUUUCAUUUUAAUGUUGCCCUCCCUCCAUGGAGCUCAAGGUGGCAUGUAUAGUCCCCCAUCUUCUUCUUAUCCUCACAAUAAUCCUGUGAGGUAGGUUAGUCUGAGAGAUAGUGAUGGAGCCGAAGUCACCCAAUUAGCUUUGUGGAAUGCCAUUUUCAUCUUCAGUAAGACAAGCUACUAAAAUUCUGCUUCUAAAAUAAACUCAAAUAAACUGAAGCUCAAACUAUUUAAGACCAAGGCACUGUUAGCAAGUGGUUCCACAGACCUGAUGAAGGGGAGGUUAUUUUUCGCAAAGUACCAACAACCAAGUUGUUGAGGUUUUUAUUGGGGGGGGGGGAUUACACAGGGUUCUGGAGCUUUUUAGGGGGAAUGCAGAAAAUAACUAACACCACUAAAAAUGCUGCAAAUCAGUCACGUCAGCAAACAUGCGCUUCCAACUCACCAACAGCACACCGCCAGCUGGUUCGCUGGCACGGAACUUCACACGACGCGUGCUCUUACGGAACGUUUACUGCUCACAGCCGUGUGGCCCCCCCCCAAAAAAAACUCCCCCCGGCGCCACUGUGGGCAGAGCACACACUGAGGAGUGCUUCCCACCCGCACUGGUGUGGGGGGAGCGGAUGGCCACUGUGCUUGCUGGGCCAAUAGCCUGCAGAGAGGGCUCUGAGUGCCCACUCUUAUCACGCCAGAUAGGUUCACCACCACUGCCCUAUCUGAACAGGGAUAGCCUAAUUUAUGUUGCCUACCCUCCGGUAAUCUCUAGAUUAGAUCACUUUAGUGUGUUCUAUGUCAGAAACCAUAGCUGGUGCAGACAGGUUGCUCACUGGGGUAAGAUGGUCUGAGCACAGAACACCAACCCAGGCACUAGCUACCAAUUACAAUUUGAGGUGCUGAUUUUGACCUAUUAAGUCUUAUGUGGUUUAGGACAGCAGUACCUCAAGGACCACUCUCCCCAUAUGAACUGACAUGAACCCUGCAAUCUGAGGCCCUUCCAUGGGAGGUCUGGAGGGUAGCAACAUAAGUAUGUGUCUUUUCAGUGGUGGCUCACUGCUUAUGGAGUGCUCUCCCCAGGGAGGCUUGCCGUGCACCAUUGUUACAUAUCAUUAUUAAUAAAAUUAGGCACCUGCCAAAAACAUACCUUUUAAUCAGGCUUUUAACUAUUGACAGCCUUUUUGCAUGGGUGGAAUUUUUUUAAUCUAGAGUUUUUUUAACGCUGAUUUUAAUGUAUGUAUAUAUGUAUGUGUUUGUGUUUUUUGCUUAAAAUAUUGUAAGUUGCUUUGAGUGGCCGAAAAAGCAACUAAUAAAUUUAAUAAAUAAUAAUAGUAACAAUAAUGCCCCUUUGUAAAAUGAGAUCUCAACUGUACAAUUUUCUGAUAAUUACCUUGACCUCUCUGCUUUCGAGAGCAUGGUACCAAAUUGUCUGAUUUGAGAAAUUUUCUUUUAAUUGAAAGAAAUAUCUCUGUCUUCCGUCUCUGGGGGGGGGGGGAAUCCAGUGCAUUAUAUUUUUCUCUUUUCAGAAGGUGGGAUUUAUUUUAAUUAAUUUUAAUAGGAUGCAAUGUCUCUCCUGGCAAUUUACAGCUAUUUUCAUAAUUGCAAUAGAUAUUUAUUAGGAUUCUGCCAGUUUUGUAAGAAAAUAGUGCUGUUUCCACAUAUUCAUUUAUUGCCAUAGGAAGUGUAAACUACCCCAUCCAGUGAUAAUUGGAAAGACUGAAGAAAUGUAACCCCUUUUUUGCUAACUUUGUGUACAUAGGAGACUUGAUGAAGAGUGCCUCUGGAGAAUUUGCUGAUGACCCAUGUUCUUCUGUGAAACGGGGGAACAUGGUGAGAGCAGCCCGUGCCCUCCUAUCAGCAGUCACCCGGCUGCUCAUUUUGGCUGAUAUGGCAGAUGUGUACAAACUGCUUGUUCAACUUAAAGUUGUAAGUAGUGACUCAACUGUGACUUUCUGUCUCUUUUUAAUUUGCUUAUUAUUAAAGUUGUUUAGAAUAGUUUUUUGGAAUAGCAGGGAAGACGGGACUGCAGUAGGGGAGUGCUUUUGCCUUCAUUCCUCUGCUAAUGGGCUUCCUAGGAACAUCUGGAUAAGCACUGUUGAAAACACAUUGAUGGAUUAGAUCAGGAGUAGGCAACCUAAGGCCCAUGGGCCGGAUGCGGCCCAAUCACCUCCUCAAUCCGGCCCACGGAUGGUCCGGGAAUCAGCGUGUUUUUACAUGAGCAGAAUGUCCUUUUAUUUAAAAUGCAUCUCUGGGUUAUUUGUGGGACCUGCCUGGUGUUUUGACAUGAGUAGAAUGUGUGCUUUUAUUUAAAAUGCGUCUCUGGGUUAUUUAGGCAUAGGAAUUCGUUCAUUAUUUUUUUCCAAAAUAUAGUCCGGUCUGAGGGUUGGUGGGCUGGCCCACGGCUGAAAAAGGUUGCUGACCCCUGGAUUAGAUGGACUAACAGAUCUUCCUCUGUGAUAUGACCCCAUAUACAAGUCUUGGCUGACAUUUUGGCCAAUGGGCUAAGUAUUACUAUGUAAAGUCAGGCUAGAGCUAUAUGCCAUUAAAACAGGCAGGUUGCAUUGUCAUUCAGAUUGCAUGCCUGUUUCGUUGGGGGUUGGAGGGGCCCCACAGGUUACUAUUGCUUAAGCGCUCUUGGAAGUUACUGGUACUACUUCUAUAGAAUCUGUAUUACAUUUUUAAAAGUUGUAUAGUCCAUAUAGCUCAAAAUCUGAUUUAAUCUUCUAGGUAGAAGAAGGCAUCAUGAAACUAAGAAAUGCUGGUACUGAACAAGAUUUAGGAAUACAGUACAAAGCUCUUAAACCAGAGGUGGAUAAGCUUAAUAUAAUGGCAGGCAAAAGACAACAGGUAUAGUAACUUUUAGCAUGUUUUCAAAUAUAUGGUUGUUUUAUAUACUGGUAUAGUAUCUGACAGUAUUUGUAACAGAAUCACAAGAUUACAAUGCUAUAAAUACUUUUUAAGGACUGUGGGUGGGUGGCUUUCAUGUCCAGGAAAUGGGUGUUCAGCCUCUUCUGGAUGGACUUGUAGGUACAAUGGGAGGAAUUCAAUAUCACAGUCUUCUGACCAUUCCGCCAGUGCAAGUAUUUCAGCCUGUCAGAGGAAACAAUUCCUUCUCCUCCCUCUGCAUCUCAUUCUCCCAACACAUACCCUGAUCUAGUUUUUUUCGGCGGGGGGUGGGGUUGGGGAGAGACCCCAUUAUGCAAGCAGGGCUUCUGCAGAUGGGACUUGUUAGGUGAAUCUUACCCUGAGACACUUAUAGUUCUAUCUCUGUCAUAUGAGGCUCAAUUGGCUUAUGUGCCAAGGAGUGCCCAUUUCCAGUCUUGCCUAUUUCAUCAACUACAACUGUUGGGAUAGCCUAGCUAUAGUUAUGCGUACUCUGGUAAUCUCCCAUCUUGACUUCUGUAAUGCUAUCUACACAGGGCUGCUCUUGAAGAUGGUCAGGAAAUUGCUGCUAGUGCAGAAUGCUACCAUCAGAAUACUAACUGACUUUUUGGUGUGCAGACAUACAGAAUACCUAUUUGGCAUGAUCUUCACUGGCUGCCUGUACUGUAUGUUACCAGUAGGAUUGGGCCCAUGGACAAAAAGUUGUGUUGGGUCAGUUUGCCAUGAAAUGGCUCUAAAACCCAUUCCAUAGAAUUUAAGGACAAGUCCCUAUAAAUCCACACAGAGUUCAAUUAAAAAUUCGGGGGGGGGGGGAGUUGUGAGUGCUGAUGAGUUGAUCCAAGAACUGACUGUCCUUUAGUAUGUUUUUUAAUAAUUUCAGCUGCCUAAGUGGUUAGCUAGUGUGCAGGACAUUUGCUGCUACAUGCAUUGAAAUCUCCAUGUAGCAAACUCCCUGGAAGUGACUGCCAUCACUCUCAAUGGGAGUUCUAUUUAUUUUAAAUUGAACUGCCACUCAGUCUCAGGAAUUGGUUCAUAAUAAGAAUCUGUUUUUCUUUGGUUUAAGAUUGGAGAAGGAAUCACAUCUAUGUAUACCUCCAAGACAGUUGCUGGAAAUGGUGUGGGGCAGAAGCCUUAGAAGUUAAGUUCCAGAGUAGGCAAAGAAAAUUGCAUUCAGUUUUCAAAUGACUUCCAAUUCCUUGGGCCUAUUUACAACCACCUGAACAUCAUUAGCAAAAUAUAGAAGAGAGUCCUGUAUCCCAAUCUGCCCUUUCUUCAAAUUACAACUUAGCCACUAUUCUUCUCAAACAACAACAAAAUAGCAGCUAGCUCUGUGGAGGUGAUGCGUGGUGGUUUGUGUUGGUUUUCUGCAGAAUUUUAAGCUUCAGUGAGUACAUAUCAUGGUCUGAGAGAAUAUUGUGUAUGUGUAUAAUUAUUAAGAUUUGAAACCAUAAGAGGCCUGACUGAGACUUUGCUGCUUUACUAUUAGAAGCUUCUGAUGAAACUUGUGAGACUCUUGCUCAUACUUCUCUCUGCUGUCUAGAAGUUUUCUAAUUACCUGAACUUCUAUUAAUGAAACCUAAAUUUUCAGGAUUAUACUGUUGCAAAAUAAUCAUGUUUUGAAAGCCUUGUAGUUUGAUAUACUUCUUGAUGAAUGUUAUGCUAUUACACUACUUGUUCGAAGGGAACAAUAUGCAAUGCUCUGUUAGUUACGGAGGAGUCUUAAGUGCUGACCUGCAUCACAUUUAUCUCUUAACACAUCUUGCUAUUUGAAAUAUUCUCUGCAGGAAUUAAAAGAUAUUGGCCAUCGUGAUCAGAUGGCAGCAGCCAGAGGAAUCCUUCAGAAAAAUAUUCCUAUACUUUACACUGCUUCCCAAGCAUGUCUCCAGCACCCAGAUGUAGCUGCUUACAAAGCCAACAGGGAUUUGAUCUACAAGCAGCUGCAGCAGGCAGUCACAGGAAUCUCUAAUGCAGCCCAGGCAACAGCUUCUGAAGACUCUGUUCAGCAGCAGAGCGGUGGCGGAGAAUUGGCAUAUGCACUUAACAACUUUGAUGUAAGUACUUCAUUUUGCAGGGGGGAAAUGUAUGUUCCCUUUUCAUAGUCAGUUGGUCGUAAGUUACCUAGAAACAGUUAGAUCUCCUGAGGGUGAUGAGUAACCAUAUCCUUAGUUUACACAUGGCUAUUCAGAAACUAACAGAUUUGUAAACAUCUGUACCAUCUGUGUGAAUAUGAUGAUAAAUUUACAUUUCUGUAGAUACACUUGGGCACCAUGAGAACACACACAGUUGAUUACAUGACUGCUUAAACAUCUGGAGAUGUGUAGUUGGCAAGACUGGUACUUAGCUCUGGAUAAGCCACCUUCCUUAUUAUGACAUGUUGACAUGGUUAUUUUCAGAGAACUAUUAGGGGGUAGCAGUAAGAUUUGGUGCUUAGCUUCAUUCAAAACAGGGCUGAAAUUAGGAAAUAAACUCACUUUUCUCAACUUGCGCCAUGACCUGAUAGGAAAGCUGGAGAUUUGAAACAGAAUAUUUUCCCUAUUUAGGUUGCAUUUCACAUAUUCACUUAUAUGCUCUUUUUUCCUGACAAUGUCUUCUCUUCUUCCUCAGUCCUGUAUGAAUAAGUUACUUCACAGCUCCCCCCACCCUGCUUUGACUCUGUCUCCUUUUAGCUCUGUACUGCUUUCAUCCAGCUUUUGCAUAGGCUGCUACUACCCCCACCUUGCAUUUCAGCUUUCCAGAUUUGCCUCCUUGGAUCCAUUUCCUUAAUCCACUUUUGCAAGGGGCAGAAAUAAAAUUGCCUCUGACAGGAGUGCAGUGUCAGAAUCUCCACCCCUUUCCCCAGACCAGGCAUAGGCAAACUCGGCCCUCCAGAUGUUUUGGGACUACAACUCCCAUCAUCCCUAGCUAACAGGACCAGUGGUCAGGGAUGAUGGGAGUUGUAGUCCCAAAACAUCUGGAGGGCCGAGUUUGCCUAAGCCUGCCCCAGACCAUAGAGAAGAACUGGGACUUCUUGAUCCAGAACUGACUUUUGAAGAUAUUUGAAAAGCAGUAAGGCAUCGGGUUCCUUUCAGAAUUGCUCUUGGGCUUAGUGCAACAGGGAUAAGCCACCUUCACAGAUUUGAAGGGAGCAGGGAAUUUUGUUACCCCACAGUUACAUAGGGGUUCAAUAUCCCAGACAUCUUUGGGUCAAAGGAGCAAGCAGGGUCAUAGCAAACACAAAGUUUUCCUGUCUACCAAGGCCAGCAAAAAAUGUGUUGCCUACCCUGUAUCAUACCCUGAUCAGCAUUUCUAUGUCUUCUCUGUGUUCCUGCCAAUACCAUCCAGCCUUUCCUGUCCUCAUCCCUGUUUGAGGCUUCCUCAACAUCUUCUAGGAAGCGCUGGCAUAGAAAAGUUAACCAACCUAUUAAAUCAAAUCUUGUUUGUCUUCAUUGGCCGCAAAUACAUUCCAGGCUCACUACCAAGUGCUAGUGUAAUUUUUAAAACCCGCAACAGCCGUCUUAUGGCACUCCUUGACCCAAGUGAAAUUGCAUUAUAUGUGAAAUUCUUGAUCUCGGUCCAUUCGUAAAGUUUAGGCUGUGAUCUUGCGCCCUCUUACCUGAGAGUAAACCUCAUUGAACUCUGUGGUACUUCUGAGUAGAUGUGUACUGAAUUGUGCUAUCAGUAGUGGUCAAAAACCCUUUUCAGUGGCUGUGCUACUGUGUAACAGAAUCCCUAAGAGGAUUAAACACUGAAAAUAUUGCAGAGUUGACAAACUGCAACACUUCGUCUGAAGAUCCUUUUUAACAUGUUAAUAUGACUCUGAAAAAGAUUGAAGUGCAAUCUGCUGUAGCUUUAACUUGGUAUAAACUAUACUGUUGCAAACUCUGUUAAAAAGGCUUUUAAGCUGGAAGGAAUUGAGUUUGAUGUACUACUUUGUUCUUAGUCCAAGGAAUAUUUUAGCCCUGCAUAGGUUGAAAAGAUGAAACUGGGUGACAUGCUCGAUGUCAAAAGUAUGAGUUGCGUUUCCUAAUAUUUCUAAGCUGUGUUCAUCAAACUGACCCAGAGUAGUAUGACACUUACUUGGAGUUUAAAACUUUUUCUUCCUGCCAGAAACAAAUCAUUGUGGAUCCUUUGAACUUCAGUGAGGAGCGUUUUAGGCCUUCCCUGGAAGAGCGCCUGGAGAGCAUCAUUAGUGGUGCAGCCCUAAUGGCUGACUCAUCCUGCACACGUGAUGACCGACGGGAACGCAUAGUUGCUGAGUGUAAUGCAGUGCGACAAGCCUUGCAAGAUCUGCUUUCAGAAUACAUGGGAAAUGUGAGUAACCAAAUUAUGUUGUGUGUUUAUUUGUAAGUGAAAUUUGAAGAGAGGCCGUAAAACGGUAUGGUUUGAAUUUGACUAGAAUCUCUUAAGAAAUAGAACUGGAAGUAAAGUUGGGUCUUUUGUAACUUUUUUCUUUUGGAUAUACUCUCUUGGUGUGUUGCUAUAACUUUUCCCUAACUUCUAAAUUACUCCGUAUCUAUUGAAUUGAAAUGAGGGUUGAAUGGAAAAGCUGGAUGUUGAGUAUUCUGUAGCUCCAGCUUCCUGCAGCCCUAAAUAAAUGUGUUAUGGCCUUACAUUGUGCAAUUACUGUUGUGUAUGAAAUGGAUCUUAAAUAUAGCAAGAGUCCUGCUGGGGAAUAUCAGCAGUAUAUAGUACUUUUGAAGAAGUAGGCUCUUGUCUAUAAAAGCUCAUGCUACAAUUAUUUAUUUAAAACAGCACAGCUGCUCCUCUGAAACAUAUGGCGCAGCAAUAAUAAAGUAUUUUUUGUACAGGAUGUAUUUUCAUUCCAAUGUGUGGACUAUUUCAGUGACCUUCCCACAUGCUACACAACUUGCAUUGUGAACAAAAACCACUGUUUGGUCAGGUCUUGGUGCAGCUCUAGAGAUUCACUGAAGAAACACUCAAUGCUUUAAGUCUUCCAGGAAUUUUUUUUAACAUAUGCAGCAGAUAUUGACAAAUACAACCAUCUGAAUGCAUGUUGAGGGUUAAAGUGACUAAAGUGAUGUGGUCUUUUAAUAAAUGACGACAUAGCUUAAGAUGUUGUCGAUGCUGCAAAUAUAGCAUCAGUGACAUCUGUUUGCAUAAGAUACAUUUCUGUUCAUUCCACAUACUGUAAAGAGAUUUAAAAGAUGGCAAGAGAACUGAAACAAUUCAGUGCUGACAUCCAACAUUUAAGCAUUUGAAUUUAGGAUGGGUUUUUGACAGCAAAAUAAAAAUCCUUGCUUCAAGUCCACAUAAGACUUAACUGCAUUGCACAGUGAUAACUGUCAAACCUACUGCUGGUAUCUGUCAUAUACUUUCAGACUGAAAAUGUUCAGUCUUCCAUCAAAUGCAUAUUUGUAUAUCCUUACAAUAUUGUAGUAAACUUGUUAAAAUUUGUGAAGAGUUUGUGAGGAGAGUUUCCUUCAGCAAAUUUGGUGUCAACCCUUAAUUACAAAUGUAGGAAGUAAAAAAAGAUUUGUCUAAGGAGAAUGAAGGAACAAAAGGCAUGCGCAGUUUGGGUGGCUGCAGUGUCAACUAUCUGCUGCUUGGUCUUCCUGUUGCAAGUUCCACUCAUUUCUGGAUUUUCAUGUAUCUCCUCUCACCCACGCCCAUGAGUACAGACUAAAUCCAUUAAGACUGCAGUUUGAAAACAACUAGGUUAACGAGCAUCUCUUGUUUGCUUUAUUGGGAGAAUGAGUGUCUGAAAUACUUUUACGACAUUUACAAUUCUUACUGUAAAUUGACUUGAUGUAUAACAACACAGGAUGCAUGAUGAUUUUAAAGCGUAUGGAAAUAACUAUGUUUGAAAUAAAAUUUGAGAACUGAUGGUCACUGCCAACAAAUAAAUUAUUGGAGGGGGGAGUUGUCAAAUGCCUACGAGACUUAAUAGUAGUUAUAGAUGUAGCUUCGAACGUGUGCAUAAAAUGGCUCUAAAUUAAUUUGACCUCAUUUACAAAACAGGGCAGAGGGAAUUUGGUAAACUGCUGCGCAAAUUGUGUUGCAAUCCAUGAGUGUCAGAUGUUUGCUCUAAACUGCAGGCAUGGCCAAACUUGGCCCUCCAGCUGUUUUGGGACUACAACUCCUAUCGUCCCUAGCUAACAGGACCAGUGGUCAGGGAUGAUGGGAAUUGUAGUCCCAAAACAGCUGGAGGGCUAAGUUUGGCCAUGCAUGCUCCAAAGCUUUCUUCUGCUUCAGCAGUUAGUAAUCUCUGAUUGGUCAUUGUUGUGUUUAUUCCUUCCUAAGUAAAGUGUUAAGAGGAGUAGCAAUAAGGCAUCAUUAGAGAGCUAUCUAUGGCUGUGCUUGGGUGGGGUGCAAAGAAGGAAUAAAAAGAAGGUGGUAGUAGUGGGAAGAUUAAAGGCAAGUAUAUUAUAAGCAGGGGAAGACUUGGAGGAUUUUGUGCUGGGUGGCACUGUUUUAAAGGUUCAAGUUAGGAUUAUUGAGAUUCCAUUGGAGGGGUUGGUCUAGAUCAGGCAUGGCCAACUCCCAUCAUCCCUAGCUAACAUUACCAGUGGUCAGGGAUGAUGGGAAUUGUAGUCCCCAAACAGCUGGAGGGCCAAGUUUGGCCAUGCCUGGGCUGUUAAGGGUCCCUUCCAAUUCUAUGAUUCAAGGAAAUCUUAAUUCUAUAACAUGUAAGUGUAUUGAGCUGGUCAAUAAACUUAUUGAGGAUGAUUGUCAAGCAGUAUACCUGGGGUGAAAUCUAACAAUAGCUGUCCACAACUGAAAGAUACUGAUGGCAUAACAAGAUUCCUUCUCCCCCUGUAAGCCCCCAGUAUUAGCUGUGAGGGGCAGGGAGGAGGAUACUUUACAAUUUGUGGGAAGGGAGCUGUAGAAUAAAGGUGUCCCCUUGCAUAAUACCAGAUGUUGCCCAACUUCUAUUAGAAGCUUUUGGUGAAGAAUAGUUAUUCUAUGAAAUGCACAUUCAUGGUGUAAGUAAAUUGACCUAUUUAUGGAUCGGCAGCUAGAUUUUAAAAACCGGAAGUCGAGUGUAGGAAUCAAUUACAGUGGUAGGGAAGCUUCUUCAUCUUUGAUUUUUUUGCUGCCUUAUAUGCCCCAGAAACAUUCUCCCAAAAUUGGACUUCAGGCAGCAUUCCAGGAGGUGCCACUACUUCUAUGACCAUUCCCCCCAAUCCAGAUCACAGCAAAUAGAAGUAGAUCUUAUUUCAUGGGAACAUAGCUUUACUGGUUCACCUCAUGCAAUAACAUUCCCAGUGAGCAAAGCUUUCAGAUCAUUAGCACUAUUGCAACAGGUAAUAUCCAUAAAACUUCACCUAAAUAUAAGCACAAGAUAGUAGAGGCAGCAACCGAUUUGCACAGGGGUUAUUCUGGACCCCUACGUGUGUCACUGGGGCCUACUUAAGGCUGCCCUUUUUGGGACAUUUUUGGGACAUUUCUGGGUUUGGGCCAUGCACAUGUUUGCAGUUGCACACAUCGGAGAAGCGUAAACCAGUCUUUGCCUCUAGUGUGAAUGAAACUUGUGUGAUUAAGUAAAAUUAUUUGGUUCCAUGAGAAAUCUGAAGAUGAAAUCUCCAUGAAAAACACUUGGCAGAAAGUAAUCUUAUGGUGUCACUUGGCUUGCAUAUUGGACAACUGAUGGCUAAGGGCGUUUGUGUUGAGACAAUUCAUUUCUUUCAUAAGAAAGCAGAAACCAAAGUGGUUUAAUCUAAAACACAAUUGGGUAUCUGUAUCAACGCAACAUUAGCAGAAUGGUGGUCAGAAUCUAGAGAGUUACAUUUAAGUGUAUCCGAGGCUUUGGGCUUAUCCAGUGGAAUUUGGCCUGUUUUUCUUUGACUUGCGAUCCCCAGGACCAUGUAAAAACUACUUGAGAACUCAGAAGUUUCAAACCAGGCUUGCAAUAAAGCAUGGAAAGGGAGUACUUGAGCACAGAUCCAAACUUUUGUUCGAUGUAUAGAGCUAGCUGCAGUUGUUCAGGUCCUGGACCAUAUGUCUACUUCAUGAAGUCCUCUGUGCCAUUCUUUUGUAUGUUGAGGGAAGAUAAAUUACUGAAGAGCUAAUUUACCAGGUAAUGCUUCGUUUCACAGUGCUUCUGCUUAUAUUAGAACAUUAUAAUCUUAACUUUGAAAUUAAGGCAGAAUUGUUUUGUAAAAAACAAACAGAAAAAACCACCCCAACUUUCAGCAUCAUAGUGAGAAACACUACUUUAACUGACUUGAAAUGCAUAUGAAGGUGAACUUAACCACAUUUAGGCACUAAAUUAGCAGUGUGUUUGCAAGUGAGACAUAGGUGCUAAAGAAAAACAAAAUUCUGUAGUUUGCUAUGCCAUAACAAAAUAAUACUCAUUGCAGCUGUUUUCCUCUCUUCACAACCCCAAUCUAGAUCUGCAUAAAAAUAAAUAAAUAAUAGUAUUCCAUCCAUCUGACUGGGUUACCAUAGUACCUUGCUCAUGCCACAUGUGUUUCCGUAAAAUCAGGAAAUGCAGACUCAGCCCCCUUUUCCCAGUCCUCUCGUCUUACACAAGAUUGGGUUGGAGGGUACUGAUGGUGAGCACAAAUAAUGCUUUUAGUAUGGCAUUACUAUCCUACUGGGCAAUCCUAUCCUUAUCAAAUGGACUGCCAGCUGUACCCUUGCAAAUCAAAACGACAUUCGCAUUGUCCAUGCUAGUUCAAUUUAAUGGUUGCAGGAAGAGUAUUUAAUCUUUACCUCUCAGACAGUAGUCUGACAUAGAAUUCUGAACAUCCAUUAAAAAUGUUAAGUUUUCAACUGUAGGGUCAGGAUUCAUUAUUUGGUUCAGGAUAAGAUCACAACAGCAGUACAAUCACAAUUCAUACAUAUAUGAUAAAAAGAUGAAGUAGGUUCCCAAAUGCAUAUUUGGGCUUAAAGCAGAUUCGGUGUCUGAAAUUUUGAAGACUUCUGCCUGUGAGCAUAUUGUGAAACUUAAAGGUGAACAGGUAAUCCUAGCUAGGCAGAUAGAGAAGAGGAAGAGAAAUUUUUUUUGACAUAGUGACAGAUUCACAAAAACCCAUUCCUUGGGUUUCCAAACUGUAACUUUAAAAUGGAAGCCAGUGCAGUCAAGCUGGCUGAGCUUUAGCAAUCACAGCCAGUCUAGGUCAUGUUUGUUGAACAGCUAGGAAACAACCAGUUUAUACACAAAUCAGAAUAAACACACAGUUCUUUUCCAAAUAUUUUGGGGGGGUUUACUACUUUGUGUGGCACUGUCUUGUUCAUGAGUCGCUUUAGGGUGCCAUCCUAAACUCAUUUGGAAAGCUGGGCAAACUCAAAUCUGUGUCUUGAAAAUAGAAGGAUUUAAAUCCAGCAGGUCCCAGGCUAUUUCAUGCUUGUUAGGUUCUUCAGGUCUUUAAUAUCAAACUAUUAACCCAAAGUGUUUCCCAUUUUUUAAUCUCUCCACCCGCCUCCCUGAUUCAGUAAUUGCUGGUUUUCACUGCUUCUUCCAUGUAGUAUUUCCUUCCAUUGUUUGUUGUUCAGCUGUUGGUUACAUUAUUUUUGUUUAUUACUAUGUUAUGAAUUAUUGUGUUUUUAUAUUGUAAACCACUCUGUGAUCCUCAGAUGAAGGGCAGUUUAGAAAUUUAAUAAAUUAUUAUUAAAAAUAACAAUUCACUUGAGGAUCCAGAAAGUUCGCAGUGGCCAAAAUGGUGCCCUCCAUAAGUUGUCAGACUACAACUCCUAUUAACUCUGACAGCAGGGAAUGGUCUAUGCUAAUGUAGCUAAUAGUAGCAUUUCACUGGUGUGUAAUGGAAGGUACCAUACUCGGAGCCUUUCUAGACAGCCUUUAUUGCAGGAGCAGGUAAUUUAUAGCUGGUCCUAAAGACUGCCCUUGUUACAUUUUGUCACCAAAUAGAUUGCAUUACCAGUAUUUUUCAUCUUGAAAUGGCAUCAAUAAAGAGGCAACUUCUAUUUUUACAGUAUACACAAUUUUAAUGUUUUUUGUACACUGCAAUUACUGCAUUAUGAACCUUUAUCCUCCACCAGAAAACGCAUCUUGGAACAUUAUUGGCACAAGUCAUUUGGAAUGUCUGUUAAUACUUGAUUUCAGAAUUAGAUGAAAAGUUCCAGGGGAAAAAUUAGUAAUGAGAGAAAUGAUGGACUAGAAGUACUGGAGAGACUUCUGAAGUUUGCAUCAUGGAUGUAGCUACCACCUUGUUCUCUUAGGUGACAUGACCUGCAUUUAUGUUGGGUAAUGGUGUAAUCUAAACCUUUAUACCCCUGUAGAGUGAGUGUGUUUGUGUGUAUCACACACAAAUCAAGUAACUACUUGAAUAUUAAAAAUCAAGUAACUACUUGAAUAUUAAAAAUGAUUCCAAAGUAUUUAAUGUUGCUAUCUGUUGAAGGAAGAUAAUGAUUGUGAAGCAAACUCCAUGUAUCUGAUCUUGGAGUGCAGAAGAUUGUGGCACCAAACAUGAUAUAACCUCGCCACCUUGUUCUUCCCACAUGCAGCAACAAAUUGUAAUUCUGAAGCUUGCUUGCAAGGACCUUAAUGGACCGUAAUGGCAGUAAUUCAUAUACUGAGGAAUUUGUUGGGCAGUGCAGUUCCACAAAUAAGAUGUGGCUCUGCUUGUUUUGACCCCUCCCCUUCUAAGGCUCUGUAAGUGUAGCUGUAGAAGACAUGAAGGAAAGCAUUCUGAUAUUAGCAAAUAAGAGAAAACUUCAAGCAUGUGUAGAAACCCUCACUAAUGAAAACACAUAGUGUACGAAGGUUGGGGGAGAACUACAGCUGCAUGACACAGUGCAUUAUGCUAGUCUUGAGGUUGAUUCACAUGUGCAUAUCUCCAUGAUACAUGUUUACGAUGCAGCUUCUAUCUAUUUUCACUGUAAACAGUGUUCUGCUUUGAUGUUAGUAUUCUUAUGCUUUAUAUUUCUUAUUGCCAAAAGAAGAUAUUUUUCUGGGAAGAAUUAAUGUUAUGCCUUGCACAAAUUUGGUGUGUGUGUGUGUGUGUACACACACACACACACACACACACACACACACAUAUACGUAUAUAAAUCCCUACUUUUUUCAUUCUUUAACUUUUGAGGGAGGCAGAAAUAAAGUGAAGCGGCCAAAGGGAGAGGCAGGAUAUUAAUCUCAUACUAGUGAAUUAAAGGUGCCUGACCUUUUGUAAGCUAAGAGAAAACAUAAAUAUUACUCCUCCUGAAUAAAUUUAGUAAUUUACUUAAUGAUAAAAGGCCACCUGGCACCUUCACUGCAUGGGUUUAGGCACCAGGCAAAAACUUUUCUCUAUAACCAGGCCUUUGUCUGAUUAACAUUCUAUGGUCUUUUACACAUGUUUGUGUUUGUUCUUGUUAUGUAUUUUGUCUUCUAAUUUUGUAUUUUUACGUUGUGAAUUGCCCUGUAAUGAAGGGCAGUAUAUAAAUUUAAUAAAUAAUAGUGCAUGAAACACUCUCCUUUCACUUAUUUGAUAUUUGAUGUAUAUUGGCCAAACUGUAGAAACCUGUCUUAACUGAAAAAGUUUGUGUUUGAAUUCAUGUACAUCCUUCAUAGAUGCUAUUGUCAGUGUGAUUAUGCAGGUUUGAAAUGAUACUCAUACUGUAUGUUCUGUUGGUUAAAAUAAUACUCCUGACAUCUUUGCUUAUACAAGACUGAAUGUGACUGUAGUAGCAGUCAGUUUGCACUCAAUAAAAUACCCUCUUUCCUAGAUAGACAAAGCAAAAUAGAAUUUAGAAAUAUAGCAAACAUAACUAGUGGGCGGGCUUGCUGUGUACAGCUCAGUGUUGUUUGAAAGACUGGUCUAUUUUUGUGGAUGCCAGUGAAUCAUCACGUAAGCCAUAUGAUUCCUCUUACUGUGCUUUGAGUGAUUGCAAGUUCAAACUUAGUAGCCCACAUAGCUUUUGGUUAAAGCAGCCAAAGGUCACCAUAAAGACAAGUAUUCAUUGUGGCAAUGGAAAUAUCUGCAAGACAUGUCAUAUAUUUGUAAUCCAAACCUGCUUUAGUAUGGAAAUAACAUUGGACUGUCCUUGCUUAGGUGUCUACAAAUACCAGCUCAAAGGGAAAGGAUAGAUAGGUGGGUUAACAUGGCAGGGAGGAAUAGAGAAUUUCCUUGAAGGGAAAAGUAAACGCAGAUCAGAUUAUAUCAGCAGUUCCACAUACUCACUUGCUGCAGAAUAUCCCUUUCCUACCACACAUUUGGAGGAGAUAAUGGCAGCAGUAGAGUUCUACUGGCGUCUCUUGCAAAAGCCCAGCAUAAGCCAUAGAAAGUAUGCAGGAGGGCAGGGGUUGUUGGGAACUAGAAAUGUUGGCUAAAUAAGUCCAGCCAGUUUCCCAGCUUCUACAUAAUUUUUAAGUAAUUAACUGGGAUAAUGUUGGGCUAUUUUCAAUUGGAAAUAUGCUAUAGGGAGCAAAAAGGGUUUGUAGUGGUAAUGAUAUUGGGCAUGUAAAUGGUUCUGUGGAAAAACUACUGGAAUUUAUAUUUCCCACUUCAUACUAAAUUCUACAGAGUUAGUGCAUUGCUACUCAGCAUAGUGAGGAACUGCAGACAUUUUUGAAAGAAAAGCCUGUUCGCUACCUGUUAAGGAAGGGACCGGCUUCUGCUGUUAAGCAUUUAUCUUUCAUUGCCAGGUACCCACCUUUGUCCACCUUCCUAACACACUUGUAGAGUUAUGCACAGCUGAUACUUGGCAAGACAUGAAAUUAUCUGUGUCUCCAUAUGGAGUGGGAGCUGGGAGAAGAGGCUGACAGUUUGCAAGAGUUUGGUAUAUAGAACACUAAUCUCAAUGAAGCUGAAUAGAUUCUUGGUGGCUGCAGUGUUUAAAUGCAGAGAGAGAUUCCCUUUACCCAGAUGCAUAGAAUACACCAUAUAUGGCUAAAAUAAUGGCUUACUACAUGAGAUAUUUGCAGAUAUCCUUCCAUCUGUCCAUCCAUUUUCACUCUAGUAGUAAACAGUCAGUGGCUUAAUAGAACUAGAAAAAUAGGAACCCUCCUAUUAAGUUAAAAUAGAGUCCAAUAUGAAAAGCUUAAGCUCAAGGGUAGUGGACUUUGACUCGGUGGCUUUAAAGUCUUGCAUCUCCAGACUACUCACUUUUAUGUUAAAGCAUUGAAAUAUAUUUAUCCAAGUACUUCACUAAGAGAUAUUACGCAUAUAAAAAUGGAUUUUUGAGCCAAUGGUUAGGUUGAAAACUUUGCAGCAUAGUACAACACACAAUACUAUAUACUGAUUUAAGAAAUCCAAGCACCAAUGUUUCUUUUCCCUCUGCAUGUACUUGUAAAUACUGUUGCAGCUGAACGUGGCAUGAUAUGUUAGAUCUACAUAUGUACAUUUCCUUCUAACUUUAUAGCUUUGGUUAUGUGUUCAUGAUUUUUGAACAGUUGCAUUAAAUUCUCCUCUCCAGUGGACUUCUGUCUACGUAGAUGCACAGUAAUAUUCAAUUCCAUAACCCAAUCUGGAAACUCUAUUGUUAUCCAGAAAUCAGUUUUGUUCAGAGUAGUUUUGUACUGCUUUAAAUAUUUCUAAACGUUCUGUUCAGCAAAAUAGUGUUCCUAACAUUGUUUUUCUUAGUAAACCAUCUCUGAUAUCCUACAUUAAAAUGUUCUUACGCCUCCCAACAUAUUUAUCUGGAAGUAAGUCUCACUUCUGAAUAAACCAGACCAGGAUUUGAGCAUAAAUCUUAGUGGAUUGGCAUGUUACAAUGGUAGAUGAAAGCUGUACUGCAAGGACUAAUUUGGCCUCCAGAGAAACCAGUAGUUGGUGCAUAAAAUAGUUUUCUGGUCUAGACAAACAGCUGGAGAUGAAAGGAAUAAUUUUCUGUGUUUGCUUUAAAAAAACAACCAUCUCAGUUUUCAUUUGUGUAAAGUAUAUAUUGAUUUUUAGUCUGAAAUGUGUCCCAUUAAAAGUCAAGACAGAUAUAAUAAAAGUUGAAGUGUAUCUAAUACUUUGAAGACCAAACUGCAUGCUACUGAUUGCCUGUAGAAGGUUGAUAUUUCAAAGCAAUGGGGAUGUAAUCCUGGUUUAUUCAGAACUGUCAACAGCUAUAUUCUGAAUCUGGAACACAUUUAGAUAAGCUGAACUCUCAAUAUGGAGUUAAGAAAAUAAUAAUCUUUUUCCAUGCUUCAGUACACUGGAAAAUCCCCUCUUUUGCACCUUUCCACUGUAGAUCAUAAGUCCCAAGAACCAGGUUUUUUUUUUAAUGAAGAAAAUUCCAUUAAAUCUCUACUUCAAAAGAAAACCGAGCCAGCUGAAAUGUUGGGGAUCAUAGCUACAAUGCUUCAAUUGGUAAAAUGUCCUCCCUUGACUGGGUCCUGUAAAUAGAUACCUAACAUCUUUUCAUCCAGACUAUUCUUCUAAAUCAAAUCUGGAGUCUUGAGAGUAAAAAUUUACACAUAUAAUUACAUAACAUGAAGCAGUUUACAUAUUUUGGGUUGAGCAUAUUUAGACUUCCAAACAUUAGGAGUGCAAAUUGAAUGCAAACAUUGCUGCUUUAACACAGAAAAUACUAUGGGUUUAAAAAAGCCACCCUUAAAUACUGCAUCACUCAAAACAAGUAGCCUAGAAAAAUCCAAGCUUUCUCAACAUUUGUAAAAAAAAUCAAAAAUAUGUGUAGGAUCCCUGCAAUUUAAAAUAAGUUUAUCUGAUUUUGUAUUUUGUUUUUGAUUACCUGUAUAUAUUAUACUUCACAUUCUUUAUAGGGUAGUUGCUGACACUUGCACUGUCCAUAACCAUUAAUGAUGAUGAAAGGUCCUUCAUGGCUGGCUUCAUAUUCAUUAUAUGGUCCUUGGUCUGACAUGUUUGACAUAUGUAGCCGUGUUUGAGAUCGUAGUUGCCUGUGGCUUUGAAUCAUUGAGCACUGCCUAAUUUUUCUUAAUGUGGGAGGGCAGCACUUCCUGGAGAUGAACACUACAAAAAUGAUAAAAAAGAAAGAAAAUAAUAAAGCCAUUGUUCCUGUAAUUACCUGCUGGCUGAAGAUGGCAUUGUUCGGCUCAGGCAACUGCUCUUCUGUAGUAAUGGGCAUGCCUGUCGUAGUUGAAAUUUCUUUGUCUCCCACAUGGAAAUUUGAGGAGCUUAUCCUUUUUGUAUAUUCAGUCGUUGGAGCUCUGUAACUUGUAGCAAUGGAUGUAACAACAGUUGAUAAAUUCCAACAAAGCUGAAAACCAUAAACUGCAUCUAGAAUAUCCUCUCCCUGGGUGUGGUUGGGGCUAUGACAAAGUAUCGAAUGCUCCCACCGACCUUGGAAGCCACUCAGCCAUGUGGCUAGUGCACAUAUUUUGGGGCUGCAUUCCCAGGGAUUGCUGGAGAGGCCCACUGUAGUAAGGGUUGUAAGUGAAUAUAAAACCUUGGACUCCAGAGUGGUUAGCUUGUUGUUAUCCAUUAGGAGUACUUUAAGAUUAGGCAUUGUUUCAAAAACUGUCAUAUCAAUGGCUUUGAUCUCAUUUCCGGACAAAUCUAGCUUUUCUAAAGUGCCCCAGGUCCAUUCCAUCCCGCAUGUCAAGUUGCUAAUUUUAUUCCCCUGCAAGAAGAGCAUGUGCAGAUUGCUUAGCCGUAGGAAAUGAGCAAAGUUAAUCUUUGUCAGCUGGUUGUGCUCUAGGUGAAGUUCCCUCAGUUUGAUUAAUCCUGCAAAUCCAUUGCGUGCCAAACUUCGCAAGCGAUUUGUGCUCAAAUCCAGAAAAUCCAAACUGCGGCAGUCUGAAAAUAGACGGACUGGGAUAGUCCUCAGGGAAUUGGAACGUAAACUCAAGGUUUGCAGUUUGCGAAGGCCAUAGAACAACUCAGGAUGCAAAGCAGACAAUUGAUUGAAAGAGAGGUCCAAAUGUUGCAGGUUAAGCAGUUGGCUAAAAGUUGUGUUUGGCAAAUAAGAGAUUUUAUUUGAACUUAAAACUAAUUCCUUGAGUUUAUACAGUCCUUGGAAACCAUCUUCUCUUAUUGUAUCAAUUUGAUUAUGGUCUAAAUGAAGCCAAGUAAGUUGACUGAAGCUUGCAAACUGAUCCCCUUCAAGUUCCAUAAUAACAUUGUGCCUCAAAGACAAACCUAGACAGCCCUUGUCAGUGGUGUUUGGCACUGAGUGAAACCCCUGAGAGUCACAGUAAAAGAGCAGCUUCUCGCAACGGCAUUUUGGCGGACAAGCCGUACCCAAGGCAGGCAGCAUUUUAAAAACAAUACUCAUUGCAUAUACUGCUGCCAGCAUAGGAGCCCCUAAUGGCCACUUGAAAUGUAAGCCUGCAGAAUAUAAUUCAGGGAAACAACAAAAUAGGAUAUUUUUAUCAGAUGUAUGCUUCCAACAAAACGGAGAAAGAAUGCUACAGAUAAAUCACAUGCAUUAAAAUGCUUCAGGUCUUAAGAAUAUAAAACAAAUCCUCGUGAGCAUCUCUCUGAAUUAUUGACAUUACUGAUAAGGCAACUGAAAAGUGCCUUUAAAAUCUAUUGUUGUCUAAAUGUGCAUUUCUAAAGCAAGGUUGACUGCACAUAGUGCAACAAACAGAAAUAUUUAAACUUACCCAUUCUUUUGAGUACGUUGGCGGUUGCAUUCAGUCGCAGUUUUAGACUCAACACAGUGAGUCUGUAAAAGGCUCUAACGCUGACAACCUUUGAAUAAUUUACUUUCUUCUACUGUCCUCAUCCGAGGAAAAAAAUGACUUGACAUCCUCUUUUCUCAUAUUCCUUUUGAAUUCAUUUCCUUGAUUUCCAGCGGUAGGUCUGUUAAUUCCUUAAACAGUGCUGAACUGGGAGUUCUUUUUGUACUGCUGCUUAAUUGAAAAUGCUUUCCACUGCUAUGGCUUUUUUGUCUUAACUUGUUGAUGGCAGAAGGGUGGCUUAUUGCUGAGAGAAGCUUCUGUAGUCGCUUGAAUGCAUUUGCUGAAAAGCUUUCAGGGAUACGGUACAGGAAUGCAUUUGCUUAUGUGCUGCGACCACACAACUGUAUAUAGGCUGACGUCAUCCUGUGACGUUCCUUUUUGUUUGGGUUUUCCAGAAGCUUUGCAGUUUAAGACACAGUGGUGCAUACUGUGAAUUGUGAGAUUAGACUACCACUAAGAGGAAAAACUAAUUGUAGGAAUUUUUCAUCCAGCAUUCAAGUAAUAGGAAUGACUUUACAUGAAUCUCUCUUGCAAGUUACAUGUUUAUUACAAUAGCCCUGAGCUAUAUAUCUGAAUUUGUGAAGUAAAGUUACUGAUUUUUGUGACAUGGUGGUCCUGCUGGCAUUCUUCUGCCUACAUGUGUGAGAGCAGGGUGCUAAUUAAAAAAAAAAAAAAAUCCUCCAAGGGAGAGUUGCAUGGGAUUAGCAUGUCAGAAAUUAUUUGUAUUGCUAUAUAAUUAAAGAUCUAGUUUAAAAGGAGGAUUUUAUUUUAUUUUAUUUUAUUGCUAGCAAUGGAGAAAGAGUGUUUUGGAAAAGACCACAUAGGAGAGUCAAUCAAAUGCAAUAGCUUUAAUAAAUCUCUUUCUACUUUAAAAUGUGUUUUUUUAAUAAAAUAAGAUAAUGUCAUUCAAAGCUCUAAUGGUUCUACUUCUGGAUAGUUCGGAUAUUAUUUGAGAACAAGCAAACUUGAGUCCUAUUCCAAUGAAACAAAUGUGAUAAUGAGAACUUGAAGAACAAAAGCAAACCUGGGUGGGCAGAGAGUUCACAGGGAAACUUGAAAUAGAUCUUGAGGAUGUGUGCAGGCAUCCUCGUCAAUUUUCAGCCUUUUCUGGGGAAAAGUAAACUUUACUUUCCCCCCUACCUAGCCAAAGCAAAUGUUAAUUGCACGAGUCUGGGUUUGUUUGGCAAAGACUACCAUAAAUAUUUAAUUUUGCCAUGUGGGUGAUAUAGUACAGGUAAAAAAAACUACCUGCAAUUCUAAUAAGCAAGAAGCUUGUGGCUUUUAUUUUUAAAAUAGAAGUGUUAAUUGGAGGAAUUUUGUUCAAGUUGUGUAGCAAAUUAUAUCAGUUGUUCAAAUAUCAGAAUAAAUAGGCUAUGGCAGUAAGAAUGAAUGCUAACUAACAAUGCUAUCUUAAGUAUUUCGAGACUUGUUCUGUCAUUAUCUGUAUUCUGCAACUUUAAAAUGAUUUUACAUAUAACAAACUCAGUUGCUAAGUGAAAGCUUUUCAGUUGUCAUGCUCACUAGAGGGCAGCACUGCACUCACAGUGGUAAGCAGACAUUUCAAAGCCUGCUUGAAAUGCCAGUCUCACCCAGUAGCUCUGUCGGUUAUUUCCCUUUUUGUACCUCUGGAAGGAGGCUUUCCCAGCAUAAAUUGCCUCCCCCACCCCCAAGAAAAGAAUCCUGUUAGGUUCUCACCUCAGGCUGCCUGCUUUGGAUUUUUUUAAACCCCAAUGCUAAGGACCGCUCCCUUCACUCCAUCUGUACGAGUAUUAAACAGUUUGAUUUUAUGUUCCUACUGGCCAGAGGACAAGGGAAACUUCACAAGGUGUGUGAAGUUCUAACAACACAAAGAGUCGCAUAGCCGACAUGCAUGUGGGGAAAGUUUUAAUGAAAAAUUCCAGAGUUUUUCCCUAAAACCAGCGAAACCAAGUGUUAAGAUAUGAAGAAUUAUUAUUUGGGGAAAGAGGGAAAAGGGAAGAAAAAAUGGAAGGCCACAAUCACUCAUAGACUUCUUGACAAAAAUGUAAAGUUUUUGCAAUGUCUGAGUCUUGGAGAAAGGCAGUUCUAAGAGAGUAUAUCUUUGGUCACCUAACUAGAUGGUUUCAAGAGCCAAAAUAUUGAAAGGAUGCUUCCCCUAGUUAUAGAAAUUUGAAACCACUAUAAACCCGUGACUCUCUAGAUGUGGUUGAACUCCAAAUCCCAUCAGCCCCAACUAGCAUAGUAAUGAUCAGGGAUUAUGAGUCCAGCAGCAACUGGAAGGCCACAACCCACCCCCACUGUGAUUUAAAGUAUUUUAUUACAGAACUAAGUUUUUGCCAGGUUCAACUAUGUAUAAGUGCUUCAUGUGUUCAGCAGUCCCAUUGUGUGAGAGCAGCAGUCUGCUUGUGCAGUGUUUGAUUCAGUCCUAUAAAGGGGCUCCUUACUUGUGCAUGUGACCUGAGCUUGCAAAGCAUGGCAUUCUUUUUGGACUUCAGUGUUGUUAGUCCAUCAUCUAUGAGGCAUUGCCCUUGACACUGAAGUCAGCAGAAAAACCGGGGUGUUCAAAUCCUUUGGAAAAGAGCCAUUGCAAUGGGUACAAUACAUUAAUGAAGCUUGUUUGUUUUCUCUAAUUCUCUAGGCUGGACGCAAAGAAAGAAGCGAUGCUUUAAAUUCUGCAAUAGACAAAAUGACAAAAAAGACAAGGGAUUUGCGUAGACAGGUACAGUAUUAAAUAUGUAUAAAGUGUUCAUGAAAACAGUUACACUACAUAACAUUCCAUUUAUCAUGUUAGCCUGAUUCUAGCAGUCUUUUACUGUUCUUUUCAUUGUAGUAGAAAACUAAAAGAUUGGAUUCAAUUAGAAGUUGAGUGAGCUGGCCUUGGAAGAAGGGAGUCGCAGUAUCUUCGCAGAAGCCUCUUAGAUGGAGCUUUGCUGGAGGCGGACACAUAACAAGCUCUUCCUCCUCUUCUCUUCAGCAGCAAAGGCCAACCUAAUCGAGCCGCUGCUUACAAGGAUUGUCUUCCUAGAAUGAACUCUCUCCUUAUGAAGAGAGAGCAUCGAAGCGAGCCAUUAGCAAUGACUAUUUUGUUUUUGUCUUUUUCCUUGGCCACACGGAAAAUCGAAACUGCUUUUGUGUCAAUCUAAUCUUGUCAAAACAUGAGAAAUGACCAGUUUCUAUGCUCCCUGUCAUGGGUCGCCAUACUUUGUUAUAAAGUCACCAACAUCUCACAGGUAGUGGGACAAAUCAGAUCCAAAAAGGCCAAAACAUUGUCAUCAAACCUUGGAUACAUGGAAUACGUCUCACAGCUUUUAAAACAUUCUUUUCCCAACAAGUGAAAUCUGAUAGAACUUCUGCAGUGCCUUGAUUUAAAACUUGAUAGGGCUGCUGAGGUUUCGUGGGCCAGAUCUGGCCUGUGAGCAAUACAGUGGCCUUACCUCAUACUACCUAAUUGUUUAAGCAAGUACUGUGUUUCCCCAUUAAGAUUAUUAUUUUGAGGCUAAAACGAUUAUGUGACAUGAAACAUUUACUGGGGGAGUUAGCUUCAGAAUAGUCUCCAUACAGCAAUGCCAAUUGCAUUAAAGUGAAGGAUUAUGUGUGUUUAAUAAUAGGGUUGCUGACAAAGUGAACUUUUUAUUAAUGCAGUUUACACUGAAGGGCCAACAUUGUUUUGUUCUCUGUUCUUAGCUCCGCAAGGCUGUAAUGGACCAUGUUUCAGAUUCCUUUCUGGAGACAAACGUGCCACUUCUAGUGCUUAUUGAAGCCGCCAAGAACGGGAACGAGAAAGAGGUUAAGGAAUACGCACAGGUUUUCCGUGAACAUGCCAACAAACUGAUAGAGGUAAAGUAAUAAUUUUAAAUUUGAAUAACUUGUAUCAGGUUAAUUAUGUGUUACAUGAAGUAUUUAUCUUCCAUCUACAACCAGCCGGCUUCAUUGGAUCACUUCAGGUUCUGGUAUGCUGACAGAGAAGCCUCGCUCUUUUAACACCAAGAGCUUUCUGUCCUCGCUUCUCUUUUAUAAAAACAACCAAACAAAUGAAGUAUGUAUCUGGAAAUUUCCCUAGCUAGCCUUAUAGCUACAAUACUUGAUUUCUAACAAUUCUCCUUUUACUUACAGUUGAGUUUUGGGCAGCAUGUUAAAUACAUCUUUUCCUGACUGGUAAUACUAUGUGCAUUAUAGAGUUUUAUGGGUUUUUUAACAAAGUUGUGGAGAGAAGUUUGCAAGUGUGACAGCAUAAGUGCUUAAGAGAAAAAGAGCCAGUUGGCUAGUGUCAGAUGAUAGAACAUUUCAAGCUUUGGUAGAUUUCGAUCAAAAUGAUUACAUUUGAAAUGGCUGUAGAUUUAUCUGUUUCAUAACUAUGGGGAAAAGUAUUUUUAUUACUGAGGACAUAAAAUCCAGAAUUUCACUGAUUGCAUUCCUGCAUUUUGUUAACAUUAAUGCAAGAUUCCAAGUGGCUUUACCAAUGCCACAUGCUGCUAUUAACACAAGUGAAAAAAGGCUUUGUACUAAUAUGGAAUUCAAUGUUAUAGAGAAGCUAUAAUUUUGAAGACAGGCGUUUGUCACACUUGAAAGCCUGUUUAAUGCAUACAUAUUUAUAAUUCUUUGUAGUAGCAAGUGAUAACCAAUCACCACAGACAAAAGACACCACACCAGCCAACACCAGUUGUUACUGUGCUUUUCAGUGGAGAUGGUCAGUACGUGUGGUUGAGAUGUCAACAGCGAUUGAAAAAUACUAUAGACAAUUCCAUCAUACAGAAAGUAUCAACAGAUAAGCACACAACUUAAUGUUACUGCUGAGGAAGAAUUUUAGGGAACUGCUAAAUUAAAAUUAAAUGCAAAAUCUGUUCAGCAAAACUUAAGAUUCUCAGUUAAUUAAAAAUUCAUGUAGGCCUUGUGUGAGAAUACAUCUGUGUGUUAUCUAUUAACUAUGUUUAUCUGCCUUAGCCCAAGUGCCUCAGGGCUUUUAUAGAAGAAAAUGAGAGGCCCAGGCCUUGAAAAACAAUGUUGUAACUAAGCUUCUAAAAAAAAAAAACUUUAAAAAAAUAUUUUGCAAGUGCAGAGGGGAAAGCCAUAAGAUAAGUCAAGAACAGCAUAUUACCAGGUGUCACUAUAUAGUGAUUAACAUUCAGUAUAGUUACGUAUAAUGAGUGAUAUAUACAAGAUUUCUACAAAUAUAUUUUUAAUAAACCCUUUUGCAACCUAACUUAAUCCGUUGCAUUUUCAGCCAGGGCCACCCUCCACACACAGUCAUUCCAUGCAGUAAAAGACAAGUUUAAGGCUAUCUUCCAGUUUUUGGAACUCCUUCCAUACUAAUCUGUGCCUUGAAGACUGUCCAGAACGUCAAGGCCAGACAAUUGUGAAUGGUUUGCUGCAUAAUAUCACAGCUUGGAAUGCCAGCAACCAGAGGAGCGAAACAGGAAGCAGACCACUACAUAUGAAGGAGGGUCAUUUUUUCCUUUAUGCCCCCUCUAGCAUAAGGGCCUCAGACUUUUUUAUAUAUAUAUAACGAAGUUGAACUCAUGUUGGAUGCCAUCUAAAUUUAGCCGAGUGGCCCUUCUCUAAUUAGGGCUGCGGUAGACUUGAUUGAUAUGACAAUUCCAUUGCCAUUCACUGAUUUGUCAUGCUGAUGUCAGUUUCCCAGGCACCUUUCAGGCUGAUGGUAGAAGAGAAAUCCACUUCAGAUAAAUGUUACAUAUUACUGAGAGGGGCAGCUUUGAAAAGACAAGUUCAUCCAAUAGCUUAUGUUUUAUAUAGUCUUGAAAGUAACUCAAUAGAUUGAUUUUAAUUUAUCUGCUGUUAUGUGAUUCAGUAUUUAAUAAAACACUGUGUCUUGUAAACUGCAAUAUGAUGGCUUGUGGGUAAUGGUGAGCAAUUCAAUACUCUAAAAGAAAUUUGUUUUUUAUGAUCAGUAGAGAGAAACAUGGUUUAAACACAAAUCAGGAAGUGCUGAAGGCUGGGACUUCAAUCUAAAAGUGUGUUGAAUGGGGUAGCUAACACAGAAUCAUAGAAUCAUCAAAUUGUAGAGUUGAAAGGGACCCUGAGGAUAAUCUAAUCCAAACUCCUGCAAUGCAGGAAUAUGCAGCUGUCCCGUACAGGGAUCCAACCUGCAAUCUUAUCACUAUAAGCACCACGCUCUAACCAACUGAGCUAUCCAGCUCCAUCCAUGUUGCCGUGCAGAUACUUUGGACUACAAUUUCUAUCAUCCCUGAAUAUUCACCAUGCUAGCUGGGGCUAAUGGGAGUUGUAGUUGAGUAAUAUCUGGAGCGCACCAUGUUGGCUAAUGUGAGCCCAUAUCAACAUUUCCUUGCUCAAGGAACUGAGCCUUGUGCUUGCUUUCUACAAGUAAACUUAAAGAGUUAAGAAUGCCUCACUUGAGACAUCAACCUAAUUUCCUGCUCCAGUGUCAUUGUUAAUGAAUUUCAAAGCAAUUUUUAAAGAGCUGAUCCACAUAUAGAAUGGACAGCCUUCUAGAAGACUACCCACCGCUUAACGUUCUGUCACCAGCACAUUAGCUCAAAUCAUAGUGCAGUGUUUUAGGGAAGUAGUUGUAAGUACGCAUUUGUUACUAUUAUAUGUGGCAGGAUUGUCACUUGGGGGUAAAUAGAAAGUUGUUCAUCCAAAUGCUAGCAGCACCAGUAGGCAGCCCGAGGUCAUCCAUGCAUCUUAAGAUGUAAAGGGCAGAUUCUUGGAGAUGGGUUACAGAAUUGGCUCAAAGAGUGUGUUUUUUUUAUAACUGUAUUAAAAUUAAUUUCUUCCGCCUGUAUUACAGGAAAUACUUCCAAACUCGUAACUACUCAUUCCUUUUGAAUUAGCUAAAUUAUCAUUCACAGCAUAUCUGUCGCUUCUAAGCCUGGGGCAGGGGGUAUGGUCAUUGAUUUGCUGUCAGUGUGUAUGUAUAUUAGCCUGUCACAUAGAAUAGUGUACGGGGCAGGUGUCUGACAAAAGAAGCAAUCUUAAAUUGUGUGCAUUUGGCCGCUUUUGUCCCACACUGCAAAUGUGCAGUGUUGGCUAUUCCAAACAUGGAGAAUAUAUAGCAGGGAUGGUCAGCUUUAGGUUGGGAGGCUAGGUUUCCCACAGUCAAGUUUUGAGGGACUACAGAACAGAAACACACACUGAUGACAUUCCCUAGUUUUAGCAGCCAGGUCAGUGGGGUGAUUGAACACCACUAUCUCCUGAGCUGAAUAACCUGGGGUUGGAAAGGCCAGGAAAAUCAUGUAAGAAUCACACUUAACUGUCGUGGCUGUCCAUUGUAUUGGGAAAUGGGUAAGCAGCCAUGACAUGGGAGCUUUUAGGAUCUUCUUCAGUCUCCCAAUAGGAGGCUGUGUUCCUCAGCCUAGUGAGGAACACUGCUUUGUCAUUUCUCCCUGGGCUUGGUUGCAUGAAAUGUCCUGGACAACUGGGCAAGCAGCAGUUGCAUGAGGACAUUUUGUGGGACUGUCCCUAACAGCAUGGCAGAUGGUUUGCAAGUCCUUCGACAUUCACACAGUCCCAUGACAUUAGAAUGUUUUGGUUAUAAUGAUGUGAAAACCUUAACCUUUGGCAAGGAUUCUGAAGUCAGCUCAGUAAGAACAGAAUGAUUUGAUAGAUAAGAGGGAGAAAAUAAUUCUUUAGUUUUUCAAAGGCCAAUACAGGGAAAGAAUAUUGUGUCAGUAUUGGUUGUCGCCCAUAUUUUCCUAUCUUUUCCUGUGCAACCAUAACAGUGAGAAGUUUUGUAGUACGGAUUAUACUCUCCACUACCCAGGCACUGAGUAGGAAAUCUGGAAUCCUGCUAAUACAAGUUUCUAGCCCAUGUGAUAGCCACACCAUCUUCCUUGCUGACUUCUGACUCCAAAAAGGAGACAAAUCCAGAUCCUCUAAGAAUAUACAAAGUGAAGUGAAAAGACAUUUGAUCUUACAGAGGAUCACAACAACCCUAUUUAGAAAACAUUUAUACCAAUUAUCUGGGAAUGCUGAUGGAAAGGGGUAAUUUCCCUUGCAUGCCUAGCAAUUUAUCUCAUUACUAGGAUUCUCAAAUGUGGAUUUAAAAACUAAUGUUUAAUGCAAGUUAGCGUCAUGCUGGGGCACGCAGUUCAAAGUUUUCACUCUGUUCCUGCUGCUGUGCCACCAGAAAGCGAGUCAGUGUCUGACUUGUCACAGUGCCCAAACAUGUUUCAGGUUCGUUUCUUUCCAAACAGCCACAAGUGGUAACCAAGGUUUAUUCUUGUCUUACUGCUUGUGGGUUUUGGGGGGAGAAGUGUCGGCCCAAGUUCAGAUAUUGUGACAAACCAGAUUUUGGUUUCUUUCCCAGCAGCAUAGCCAGGAACAAGGGAAGAACAUCAAGGAACUGCAAUAGCAUACUGCACACAAACAUUAAACCAUAGGGUUUUGGGUUUUUUUUUACUGUAUUUUAAUGUGAUGUACAAACCUAUUAAGCUUUUAAGAUUAGAACACGAGUUUUGAAUUUGAUAAAACUGUCAAAAGAGUAACAAAGCCUUUAUCUCCAGAGGUAUUACCAAAUGUUUGUGUUCUUUUUAAGGUAGUGAUUCCAGACUUGUCUUUCCAACGUACAGCUGAUUUUUGCCUGUUCUAGAAUAGCCAACCCUGUUAUUCAAACAAUCUAGGUCAGCUCCUGGAUGGGUGACUGGCUUGAGUUCUAGGUCAGGAGGAUAUUAAUGUAAGCAAAAGAAUUUGGAAGGUCAACAAAACAUUCACUUAGUUAGAAAGAAGAAACACCUGCAUUUCUUGCUAUUUUUUCUAUGCCCUUUUUUUUUGGUCUCCAAAUAGCAAGGAGAAGGAUGAACAAAAAAAUCCUUUCAUGCUUGUGUUCCACAGAUUUGCUCUUAAUAAGGUUAGCAUCAAAUAAAUUGUCAACCUAUGAUCUGUGUGUGUUUUUAAUGUAACAAAAAGCUUGAUUAUUUUUAGUUCUGUAGACUCAUCUCUCCUAGCAGUUAAUAAUAGGGUUGGUGACAGAGAUUCACAGUAGAUAAUACACUUGUCUUUAUAAUAAGCUUGAAAAUAAUCCUAACAAAAAGCUUUGAUUUUUUUAAAUGUAAAAUUAUUUAUGAACAACUUUGUUAACGAGCCAGUUAGUUCUGUCACUGUUCAAAAUACCUAAUCUAUACAAUAUGAUUCUUAUGAAAGCAUAGAUAAAAGUACAAACACAGGUGCAAAGAUCCCUGAAAAUAACUAAAAGCCUUUAUCCUUACGGCUCUGGUUCUGCCUGGUUUCAAGUCUUGACAGCAAAAACUUCGGCUUUCCUUCCAUGGCAGUGUCUCUGCUUCUUUAACAAAACACAUUAAAAUGCUUUUAAUUGCUUCUCUCCUUAUUGGUGCAGAAUGUUUAUAGGCACGAUAAAUCUUUACAAGAAACCACCUGUUUACUAACCAGAGUUUAGGCUUCCUUUGGCUGGCUGCUUGCUAGAAAGAGGCGAAAUUUUGCUGCUUAUAGUGGGAUGGAACGCACUGUUCUUGUCUUUGUACUAAUUUUUACAUAUUUCUGUGCGCAAAUGUAGGCUUUAAAUAACAAGCUGUCAUUCACCUGUCAGUUAAUAACUACAAACCCUUUUAGAAUCCCUCCUCCGAGAACAGGUUCCAAAAUAUGGAACAUUUUCACUUAAAAAUAAGUGUGCCCUUUCAUUCCCCUUCCAGAAAGCAAAUGGAAGGACUUGUCUCUAGAUAGCAGCUCAAGGUUCCAAGCAAAUCUCUAGAAACGGCCAAUUGUCAUCUUUUUCUGCACCAGUUGGCAACCAUGUAUUCUGUUCUGAAUCUUGGAUGCACAUAAACUGCUUGCACAUGAGUGGAGGAUGUUCCCACACCAGUGGCUAAGUGAAACUACAGAUCAGGACUCUCAGUACACCUUUAGCUAAAGUAUAUGUUUUCUUUAGAAUAGCCAAAUGAACUGACUUCUACACGGGCGUAAAGCAAUAAUAUCGGAUAGCAAUCAGUCUGUUCAAAUGUUUUUUACUACAUGGAAUUUGGAAGACCAACUAUUUAGAGGCUAGCCCUGAAAUGUAUUACAAAUGUUUGGGGGUUUUUUUUGUAAUUUAAGAAUUGUUAUUGCCAGUUGCAAAAGGCAUGCAAACUGUAACAGUUUCCUUGUGAAGAGCUUUUGAUUCCAGAAGCAAAAACACCUUCCUAAAAUACCUUUCUGUCAUCUGCACAGGUUGCCAACUUGGCCUGUUCUAUCUCAAAUAACGAAGAAGGUGUGAAAUUAGUCCACAUGUCAGCAAGCCAGCUUGAAGCCCUCUGUCCUCAGGUAAAUUAUGGAUGGACCUAUGAAUUCUAUAGUCUAAUUCUGUAUGAAAUGUGGGGAGUGUAAAUAUAUUUUUAGUGUGUAUAAUAAUAUUUUGCCUGCUAAAAUCAACACAGUAGGGUAGGUGGUUUUUCAGAUCGUAAAGAAAAGUUAUUGUAGUCUCUUAAUAUAAAGCAUAAGCCAGAGGUAGCUUUAAAGCUAUUAACAUAAAAUAUUCUGGUGAGUUGUUCCAUCAGUGGUAAAUAAUAUCCUCUGUCAUCUGUUUCUCUAUUGAGCAAAGGGGUAAUGUGUGCCUGACAUUACUCCAUUGUUUAGAUGUUGGAAGAAAAACAAAAUUGCAAAAAGAUGUGUUCAUGACAUUGUUAUUUAAGUCAGUUGAGUAUGUGCAGACUCUGUGCCAAUCCCAAACAUAUUUAGAUCUAAAUUAGGGGAGGGGAACCCUCAGUCUUCCUUGCUUUUUCUUCGUACUGAGAGCUGCUGUAACGUAAAAGUUAAUCAGGAAAAUCCCCAGUUUGAUUAUUGUCAUUAAUUAACUCAAGGGAACCUUAACCAAAACAGCUGUAGCCUCUGUUCCCACUCCCCCCCAGUCAAAAAAACCCUACUGAUUUGUCAGUUUUGCAGAAUGUAGUUCAUAUUUAGUACAUAAAGUCUGAAAAUUUGUAAAUUCAUAGUGUGUUUUUAAAAAAUGCCUUGCGUUACAGGUAAUAAAUGCAGCUUUGGCUUUGGCUGCCAAGCCACAAAGUAAGCUAGCUCAAGAAAACAUGGAGAUGUUUAAAGAACAGUGGGAAAAGCAAGUUCGUGUGCUUACAGAUGCUGUGGAUGACAUCACUUCCAUUGAUGACUUCCUGGCAGUAUCAGGUAACAGGCUGCAGAAUGCUAAGAUUUCUUUUACGUUUAGCUUUAUUGUUUAUCCUGCUACAGUGGCACUGGAAUAUCCUUUGGAAUUCUGUGAACAGCACUGUUGGUUUGCUGCAACAAAGAAUGUAAUAUGGUAGCAGCUGACUCAAGUAAGCAGAAGCUUUUGUAGGCAAGAGUCUACAGCAUUUAGCUUGUGCACAUUUAUCUUUAAUAGGGUUGCCAUAAGUCCUGGACAUACCUGGAAUACUGCAGUUGGAAGGAGUGUUCAGGGCGGAAACCUUUGAAAUAUGGCAGCCCUAUCUUGAAGUUCUUGGCAAAAAACAAAGCAGUAGACAUAUGGGGUAAAAAUACAGACAAUCCACUUGACAUUGAACCCCAUAUGUUUUGACUAUACACAGUUUUGACAUUAGGCGUGAUCCCUGGAACGUAACCCCUGCAUAAGUUGCAGGCUUACUGGAUUUCAUCAGUUGCGGGAGGUAAAUGAAAAUGGAUGGUGAAGAUUUUGAUAUAUAAAUAUAGAAGAGGUGUAGAUAUACUCUUAUCAGUCCUGUGGGAGGAGAACUUGCCUUACAAUGUGAGAGUAAAAUAUAUAUAUAUAUAUAUAGGGAAAACCUAUAUUGUUCAGUCAAUAGCAUUGCCAUCAAUAUAUACAUCUCCCCCAUAUUUGUGGUGUACAUGGAACAGUACUUCCUUAACAUCUGUUAUCCAAUAAACAUUUUCUACUGUUCUGGAAAUUCCUGUUUGCAUUACGUGCACACAAUACAAUAAGGUGACAAUCAUUAUGGUUUGUUGCUGUUGAAUGAUAACAGUUUUGUACAAAAGAGCGAAGUUUAUUGUAUAAAUUAUUGUAGAUUGCUGGGAGACUAGUCUGUUUUAGGCUGCUUGACUUAUUUGCUGGCAUAAUUGUUUGGAUAAAUGGAUAGAAGAUACAAGGUAUGCCAACUUUAAUUUGCAUGUUAUUUCCUUUCAGGCAGCAUUUUGAAUACUUUAUUUUAUUAAUCACACGGCUUGCAGCUAGGUUUAGUGUAUUACUUUUUAAAAUAAAAUGUCUGACUACCUCAGGCACUUUAGAGAUAGCAAUCACCAGUCAUUUACGGUUGGUGUUCAGCAUGUAAAUAAAGAAGUAUACCAGGUCACUAGAACAGCUCUUGUCUUCAGCUAUAGCUAUGUUGUGUUAGAAUGUCAGGCUUGCACUAAAGCGGAUGUCUAACAUUACCAACAGGUUAAAGGGACUGUAGCGGAGCACUCCUUAACAGACAUUUCUUUUCCUGUAAACCUCACCUCCAUGAGAUGAAGUUUUCUUAAAAGCCCUGCAUUUCCUCAAUCCAAAUUUUAGAAAGUACUGCGAGCAUAUGCAAAAACACAGAAGCCCUCACUGCUGUUUCUACUCUGGAUCUCAGGCUGGUAGUGGAAGUGCAAAAUAUGCCACUGGGCUGCCUCACUCCUUCCAUGUAUGGAGCUGCUGUAGACAAUGAGGUGUUGAAAAUGUAUGCUGUGUGAGUUUGGAGCCGUUUGCCACAUUUCCCACACACGCAACUUGCAGUCCAGCCUAACUGCAGAUUUCAGCAGUAGUUACUAUUUAUUAUCUUACUACUGCCAAGCUAAGCUGCCUACAACUGCAGCCUUUACUUCACUCGGGCUGUGGAGGACAGUCUGUCCUACCCCCUUCUGCUCCCGAAAGGCUUUCUCACUGCCUUUCCUUCCAUUAAUAAUUAGUUCCUUUAUUUAUUUAUUUUGUUAACAGCGCUCUAUAAAGAUCUUUCCUAAAAGCGUUGGCCUGGGUGGAAGGGACAGACACUUUAGCCAGUGACAGAGUGAAGCUGAGGAGGUUGGAACCUGGUGCUGCACAUCCACUUUCACUGGAUUCAGUCUCUGGGUUUUAUACUGUGCUAAGAAUCCCCUAUCCUAACUGUUCUGCACCCCCAGCUUCUUAAUUUUUAUUCUGCAUUCACUCACUUGCUCUUUGCUGAAUAAUGUUUGUUACAUAGCUAAUGGCUGCAUAAAGUUGCUCUCCAAUGGUGCCAUUUAAAAGACAGUGGAAACUUGAAACAAGCAGUUUGCAAAGGCUAUGUGUGGUGGCCUGGCUACCGCUUUGUAUACUUCUGAUUAACAUUAGACUAUUUCAGAAUGGCUUAAUGUCAAGAAUAGGAACAUGUUGGAGGAUUUGGAAUGAGGGGUGAAUGUCAAAAGGAAGAAGAAAAAUCUUUCUUGUAGUACAUGUCUCACUUUUCCAUAAAGGAGCAUACCGCUUCAGUGCAAACAUUUAAUACCUUCAGUGCCACCUGGAAAAUUGAGUACCAUAAAGCGUGAAAUUGUCAGAGCUGCCUGAGGAACAUGGACAAAUUAUUGCCAAUAAGAACUUGAGCAUCUUCAUCUUUCUUGGGCUUCAGAAAGAUCUUUUGUUUCCUGAAGAAGUAGAUGUAGAAAAGUGAAAAGCAUUCUCUUCCCAUCAAAUCAUUAAGAAUGUUCGUGGGUAUUUGAUUUUGUCUGCAGCUCUCACUUUGUUGUCCGAUUUGAUCUAUAAAACUUUUUAUAAGAGAGGUGCUGGAACCUGUGGCCCUUGGAUUGGUUUUCUGCAGGUGUGGGGAACCUAGAGGGAAGAGAGCAGGAAGGAGAACAGAAUGGGAUAACCUGAGGGAAAGAGACAGUGGAGCCCUCUGCAAGUGAUCUGCCCCCAGCAACUAUCACUGAGGGAAUGGGGUUCUCAACAGGAUGGGGGAAGGAAUUAAAGUUUCCCACCGCUGUUUCAGAAUGUUGAUUGGAAUGUGACUUAUUUCAUGUCCGUAUUGCAAAUAAAAUAGACUUUGAACAGGUGAAUGAUUACAAUUUCCUUCAGUCAUGAAAUGGGGGUAUAGGGGAUUUUUUUCUUAAUUGAAUUUUUUCUUAAUUGCUGCAUUUUGUACUCAUCACAUAACAACAAAAGACUUGGAUUUUUCACAGUCUUGACCAAUCCCCCUCACCCUCCGUACUGAUGCUGUUAUACACCAACCUAGGGCAGAAUGUUAAUUUUGAAUUCUAUUCUGUUCUAUUUUACUACCAGAGAAUCAUAUUCUGGAAGAUGUAAACAAAUGUGUCAUUGCUCUCCAAGAAAAAGAUGUUGAUGGCUUAGAUCGCACUGCUGGUGCAAUUCGUGGUCGUGCAGCUAGAGUAAUUCAUGUUGUCACUUCUGAAAUGGAUAAUUAUGAACCUGGAGUGUAUACAGAAAAGGUUCUGGAGGCAACAAAGCUGCUGUCAAACACAGGUAAGAUAAACUACCUCAUCAGGCUUUUAAUUUCAGAUACUUACCCUGUUCAGUGCUUUCUGCUUACAACUUUGUGUCGGUAGGUACAGCAAAUUUAUUAACUGUUUAAACCUCAGUGCUAAAUCUAGUGUUUUGCUGGAAUAUUUGCUUGAAAUGUGGGUCUUUUUAUCCAUAGUAUUGUUCUGUAAGCCCCAUGCUAAGUACAGAUGAUAAUAGCUGUCAUGGGGACCUGAGAGUCUUCAGAUGUUGUUGAACUACAAGUUCCACCAGUCCAAGUCAACAUCCCAUCCCUGGGAUAUAAUCACUGAGAAAUUACAGGCUUGCAAUACUAAAAUCCAUGUCCUAAUAGAACAAGUUUGCUCUCUUGAAAGAAAAAAAUGUAAAGUCAGAGAUGAGAGCUAAGCGGGACUGUAAUUGGUAAAUUUAAAAUGUCAUUAAUUUUAACGUACACACUCAAUACAUUUCUGGCCUGGAAGCAAGUUUGAUACUCUGUUGAACUGUAAAAUGCAAACCAGAAGGAAUUUUUUAUGACCAUUCUGUACAUGUGUAAAACCACAGCAGACAAUUACUUCAUUUUGACCUUGAAUUAAAAUGAAUUAAUCAUAAAAUCAAUAUCAUCAUUCUGAGGGAUUUCUUAGUGCCAUAUGACUACUAUAUUCAGUCCUAGAGCACUAUGAACAGUGCUGUGUUUGUGCUAGUUAGUAGCUUGAGCUUAAAAUAAUUUGCCAAUACAUCUUUGUGCAGAGCCGCAGUAUAGUGCAUAGGAUGUUGCAGAAUUAAACUUCAUUUUUUUUAUUUAGGCUAAAUGUGCUAGUUUUUAAUUGUUUGAAAGAUUUUCUUAAAGGUUGUAAUCAAUGGAGUUUUCCUUCUAGCAUAUGAAAGGAGAAUUCAAUUCAUCUACAAAUGUGACUUCACAGGUUAAUUGUGUAAAUCGUAAAAUCUGGUGCCAGAUUAAAUCUUUCUGCCACUACUGCAGUCAAAUCUGGCUCUGGUGUGGCUGUGCUUGCCCUGGAAAUGGAAGCAAGAAAAGAGCAGGAUACCGGCUGCCCCACUGUACGAAAUGCUGUGCCUUUCCACCUGGUAUACAACCCAAGAGGGCUGGAGGCCUCUUGGAUAGAGCCCAAAGUUUGUGCCCCAUUUACUGAGUUGGAUUGAGUUUGAGCUACUGAAGCGCAUCUUAAUAGUUUUGCCAAUGAACUGAAUGUGGCAUUGAUUCUACCAUCAAAGGUCUCUGGUGGUUCUGAUGACAGAUAAGCCAGAAUCCUUCUGGCAGACUGAUUACAGUGGUACCUCUAGUUGCGUGCACCUCUGGAUACGUAUCCUUCGGGUUACACACACGGCAAACCUGGAAGUAUUUUUUCGGGUUUCGCCGUGCACGCAUGCGCACUGUGCAUGCACAGAACAGGCACCUCUGGUUGCGAAAACCUCGGGAUCCGACCGGAGCUCCGGAAUGGAUCCUAUCUGUAACCAGAGGUACCACUGUAGUUCCAUUUUGCUCCAACACCAAGUUCCUGUAUCACUAUCCUGCAUUCCUCUUCUGCAAUGAUGAUCUUGGUAACGCACAGUACAUUUGGGGUCAGCGUUUUUAAUGCUUCAUUGCAGGUCACUGUGGCCACUUAAAAUUCCCUUAGUUAUCAUCAUCAACAUCAUGUAUUUGUAUGCUGCAUUUCCAUAGUAAACUAUGCUGAAGGGAGCUCACAACGUGGAGAAUAAUAACUUGAUGAAAACGUUUUCUUAAGAAAUACUCAAUAAAAUUAUAUAAUUAAUUAUAAGGUCUAACAACAAAAUACAAAAGCAUGAUUAUGAAAAUACAAUGGAUCCCCAAAAUUAAAUCUUGGCCCCAACAGCAGCCCCAGAACACCCCCACCCUGAUAGUCUCUAAGCAUCCUGAGCAGCAUACUUUUCUGGACUGACAGCGAGAAGGUCCCCGGUACCUUCAGCAACUACUUUGGUCUGGACCCCACACCCCCAGGCCAGGUGGAAAUUGACCAGCAAAGCAGAGAGCAUGUCUAGCCAGGACUCAGGGCAAGAAAUGCAAAAUUGAAUAUAUGUUAUUUUAUAAAGCAUUAAAGGAUCUUUAUAAGUAUCAAUUUGACCUCUUAUUUGGGAAAGUAUUUAUUUCACCGUGCUCUUCCUCCUCCUGUAGCAAAGGUGUUAGGCUCACCACUGAGGCCAUAUGUGAGAACUUGUAAUCUAAUCCUGCAUUUGUUGCACUGGCAGACUCCAUUUUCUUGCUCAUGUUUUUGUCACACUAAUGGCAUCUUAACAAAUUAGCAUUCUUUAUAUGGCCCAACAAAAUAACUUUUAUUAGCAGCCAUAGAAUUGUAGAGUUGGAAGGUGAUCGCCAGGGUCAUCUAGACCAACCUCUUGCAACACAGGAAUCCUUUCCAGAGCCAGCUCUGGACAGGUGGAAGCAAACCACCAACCUUCUGGUGAACGCACCGACCUGUUUAUUAAUGGCAUUUGUAUACCACCCAGCAACUCAGGUUUUCUGAGUGGUCAACAUCACCAUCAUCAUGUCUCGUGGCAAAACCUUUUCAUAUGUACACGUUUCAAAUGCACAAUACAAUUAAUGUACAAAACUAGCAUGAAUGUAGUCACAUCCCCACCUUUCUUAAGUGUCUGUCCUGUGUGUAUUGUUUGCCCUUUGUAGGGAUACGAUUAGGAAAUCUGAAUGUGUGUGAUUUGUAACAUUUCAAUGAAAGAACAGUUGUACCAGUAAUGUUUGUGGAUUAAAAAACUGCAUUUCAGUACUGUGUUACUGCAGAAUCUGCGUGCUAAGAGUCACAAAUUUUAUUGUAUUCUGGUAAGCGGAAUGUUUUUUCCCCCUGUGUUCUUUAGUUAUGCCACGUUUUACUGAACAAGUAGAAGCUGCUGUAGAAGCACUGAGUUCUGACCCUGCUCAACCAAUGGAUGAAAAUGAAUUCAUCGAUGCUUCUCGGUUGGUAUACGAUGGAAUUCGUGACAUCAGAAAAGCAGUGCUGAUGAUCAGAGUGAGUCAGCCUUUAUUUCCUUAAAAUAGCAUUCACGGGUUUUCUCAAACACAUUUUUAUUAAACAAUAAGGCAGUACAAUAGCACUAAGAGUGUCUGUAUAAAAUAUACACACACGCAUUCUAAAUUUAAACAGCUGCUUCACAGCAUAACCCCUCUGGGCAGCUCUCAAGGCAUAUAUAACAAUUAAAAUACAAAAUGAAACAAUAAAUGCUGUUCAACUAAAAACACAUGACACAGAUUUAAUCUUAAAUACUGCUUGUACCCCUAAUUCCACCCAUUACCUGCAAAUUGGUAUGGGAUCUUGUUUAUAUAUUAUGUAAACAAUUGUGAUCACUUCUCAAAUGUGUUAACCGUGAUAGGUCAUAGGUCAUUAUGACAGGUAAAAGACAUAUCAGAGACAAAUAAAGUUCAAGUCACAGUUAACGUCGCACAUUUGUUGGCUGAACUGUUUUUAGUUCAUUAAUGCUUUCAUAACUGGCUACUACAGUAUGCUUUAUGUAUAGCUGUCAUUUGGCAAGCAUUCGAAAGCUACAACUGGUACAGAAUAUGGUAACCUACCGUAUUCCUUUUAUCAUAGCAUAUACUUUGCUUUUUAAGAAUUCAGAAACAACUUGCAUCAGUAUGCAGCAAUCACAAUAAGACAAUAUCAGAACAUAAAUUCAUUGGGAUGCUUCUUACAGGACAAUUGAUGCUGGUGCCUCUGAUUAGAGGGGCACAGUGGUGUGGAAACGUAACAUUUCUUAGACUGCAUUACCUAAUUGUUGGCUCUCUAAUGUCAGUUGGCCCAAAUUUGGGGGAGCGGGGGCGCUGAAGGUUCUUCACUUCUGCUUUAGGCAUAUAUGUGAUUUGUGUUCAUAUCAAGUAUCUUUGUGCUAGAAAUAUCUCCUUAGGAGUAGUACGACCACCUACCUAUUUUCAUUCUUUCCCAAAAAAGUUUUUAAUUAUUUAACUGAAAGAUAUUUUAAGUUUUUAUCUUGUUAUGUGAUUCUGUACAUGUAUUUAACACUCUUAAUUUACUACAGCUGCUUUGAAACUUUUAAGAGUCAGAUAAAUAGCUGUAGGAUUGACGACACAAAAUAGAACUGUCAAGGCUAAGAUAAAAAAGCAGGUUUUGAUAGGCUCUUAGGUCACAGCAGGGGGAAUAAAUCUAAGAAAACCCUAUAACGUUAAGAUUACAUCUAGUGCUUCAGGAAGCAAAUUCAAAAGACAGCCUGUUUGCUACUUCAAUUUUACCAAAUGCAGAAACUCAAACUCUAAUGAAUCAGUAGACUAUUAAGUUAAAAGUGUGUCUCGUCUUCUUGGGCCUAUGUUGAAAAGCUCUUUUAUUGAAAGCUUCACAUUUCAAUCUAAAAUGCAAAUUGGAAAGAUGGUAGAAAGCUUUAAGCAAGUAUAAGAAUGAAUCACAAAUAUUGGAAAUUUUAACUAAUCCCGUUCAUUAAUUAUCAACAUUUAAAUGUAAAGCAUGAUAAUGUUAAGCAUUUGUGUAUACCUUGAAUUAAGCCAAUACGUACUGAGAAUGUAAAAGCUAGGUGGAGAAACCUUUUUUAUCUAACAAAGGUUAAACUACAGGACAACUGAUGGCAGAUCUUCAUUUCCUCAUGUUAUGUGUAUUAAAAUAGGGAUCUAGAUUACAGGGGCUUUAAAAUUACAAUGACCUGCUGUGACAUUACCACAUUGGCAUCACUUGUAUUCCAAGGCAGAGAUUGGCAUGCAUUCCCAGAUGAGAUUAUGAGGGUUGCUUCAUGUAAUACUUCCCCAACUUCUUUUUUCCAUUCUAUGUUCCUGUAAUUCAAAUAGAAUAUAUACUUUCCCCAAAAGUUGUAUCAGUACUGGAGAGAAAAAAUAACAUGAGCCAAACCUGAAAAUUGAAAUAUUGCACCUUGUCUCAGCAGCUGUAGAUUCUUUUGUUAGAGCUUGCUUCAUACCUAUUUGCUCCCCUGCUGCAAGUAUUCCAGUUUUUAGACACACACACACACACCAGUGACAGAUUUGGGUACUAUGGCACCCUGUACAAGGCCACAGUACGCGCCCCCAGCCCUCACACUGCCUUCCCAAAGGUGAGUAAGGAGGCACCUGGCUUUGGGAAGGAGGUACGAGAAUCCUGGCAGAGUCUUAGAACCCCUCCUGCUUCCUCCCCAAAGCUGGGAAAACGCUAACUGGGCUUUGGGAAGGGAGGAUUCUAGGACCCUUUCAAAGUCUCACACCUCCUUCCCAAAGCCUAGCUUUGGAGUUUCUUAUAAGUGUUGUGAAUCCUAUUUUAGUUGUCUUCAACAAAAAAUGUGAAGGAGGCUUAAUCUUGGAGUAUUAGUUAAUGAAGCUGGUGGGCACGAUGCUCUGCAGUUUAACAUGUGCAUCCCAAAUCAGUUGUCCACAGUUUUUAAAAUAUUUAUUUAAAACAUUUAUAUUCAAUCUCCCCAUCAAAUUAUCUACAGGAUGCUUUAAAUGUCAUAAGCCGUACAUUUAGCACAUGUGGUGGUACCAUUUCUAACUGCUUAUCUGUAAACCACAAAAUGUGAAAAUUCAUUCAUGUUUAGUUUUAAAGCUUUUAAAUUAGAUGCAUUCCAGAGGGAAUAACCCCAGAGAUGUUAGUUCACUGAAUUGCUCUUGACUUUUUGUAUUUUUGUUUUCCCAGACUCCUGAAGAACUGGAUGAUUCAGACUUUGAGACAGAAGACUUUGAUGUUAGAAGCCGAACAAGCGUUCAGACUGAAGAUGACCAACUUAUUGCAGGCCAAAGUGCAAGAGUAAGGCAAACUGUUCCAAAUCUCGCUGAACAUAUGCAGAAUAUUUGAUCAUACUUUAAUCAAGAGGCUAGCAUUCCUCUCUGCUUCUGCAUUUUAGGGGGGGGAAAUGUGUUUCAAGGGUUAGAAGUGUAUUACCUUUUUAUUGUCUACCCCAUAACAUUGUCUUAACGUCCCUCUUUCUCCAACCAUCAUCUUCCUUCUUUUCUGCUUUGGGGAAGGAAGUAGAAUCAAAACGGAAAGAAAAGGUUGCCAAUGGGGCAGUCCAUAUUGGAUCAGAACAUGACAUAUCCAAGUGCCCUGUUCAACUGUCCAGCUCCACCCCCUCAUAUCACUCCCUCUGCUAUCCUCAUCCUUAGUUGCUUCUCCCCUCUGAUGCAUGUACUUUCCUCCUGCCACACUAGUUAAUCCCUAGCCUUAAGAUAAUUUUACCCAAAGAUCAUGAACUCUUCUGGCCCUAUCCUUUCAGCUAUCCCAGUGAGUUCAUAAACCUAUAUUCAAACCCAUGAGUCUUAGCUGUUUGUCAAUCAUUAUGUAAUCUGAUAAAUGGCAUUUCUUUUCCUGUUUUACCUUUCCUUCUGCCCCACAUUUUGUAAUAGAACCACAGACCUAAUAGACAAGAUCGUCAGAUAAGAACAUCUAAUCUGAUAACUGCAUUAGAAUUCCCUUUAAUAGCCAAGGAUAAGUUUAUUUCUUUGUUUAUAGGGUAUAUUUACAUCCUGCCUUUCCUGCAAGGUGGAAUACUUGGUUCUCCCCCCCACACACACACACACUUUAUCCUCAUGGCAACCCUGUAGGUUAGCCAAGGCUGAGAAAUGGUGACUUAAUCAAGGCCACUCCAGCAAGAUAUUUGGCAGAGAGGGGAUUUGAACCUAUAUCUCCCAAGUCCGAGUCCAACAUUUAACCACUGCACUACAGUGACUCUUCACUAAUUAGAAUGUACCACUUAGGACUAUUUUGUUCUGCUGCCAGCAUAUAAAGUGCUGCCACUUGAGACCAUUAUAUUUGGUCUCAACUCUCUCCCUCGUCUUUAUUACAGCAUUUAUUUUCUCCUUGUAUUAUGCCACCUCAACCUUUUUUCUUCAGAUUUCACAUUCCUUUACUUUUCCUAAGAUUGCAUGGCUUCCAAACUACCGUAUUUUUCGCUCUAUAAGAUGCACCAGACCACAAGACGCACCUAGUUUUUGGAGGAGGAAACCAAGAAUUUUUUUCCCCCUGAAUCUCAGAAGCCAGAACAGCAAGAGGGAUCGCUGCACAGUGAAAGCAGCAAUCCCUCUUGCUGUUCUGGCUUCUGGGAUAGCUGCACAGCCUGCAUUCGCUCCAUAAGACACACACACAUUUCCCCUUACUUUUUAGGAGGGAAAAAGUGAGUCUUAUAGAGCAAAAAAUACGGUAUUUAUUCUGAACUCUUUCCAGUUCCUCUUCAGGUUUCUUUUAAAUGAUGGAUACCAAAAUUGAAUGUAAUACUUCAAUAAUUGGAUUAGCUUCUGUGUUGCAACCAAAUAGCCCUUCAUAUGUAUAUUUUAUGCUAAACGUCAAACUUGGCAACUGUCAUCCUUACAAAAUUGUAGCAGACCAGAGGUAAUUCUUGCCAAGCGCCAUUGGUAAUUUCUAAGUUUUCUGUGUGUACGUGCAUGCAGUGUGUUUGCACAGAACACUACCAGAAUAAUUAAAGGAGAUGCUUAAAUUCAAGUGGCACUGCUCCAAGGAGGACAUGCCAGCACACUACUUGAAACUGCAGGUGGGCUAUUUGUUUGUGAAUAAACAUGCCUUUUCAAGCCAGGCACCCUGGGUUAUCCUGUUGUUUCACACAGCCCAACAGUGCUCUAGCUCUGUUAUAAUUUGCUUUCACUUGGUGAAAUAGCCCUACAAUUUUGUCUGUAGACAGUGUGUGUUUAAACUUCCAAAAUUCAAUCCUAGAUUAAUUUGGAACAUCAUGAUCUGGUAAUUACGUAGGAUGUGUUCUUGCUUCAAAGCUUUGCUUCUGAGCACUCUUGAACAAUAUUCAAGAGGUUGUUCUUGACAAUAAACAUAAAUUUAAUUUCUAGCUAUCUACCUGAAGGUAGGUGAACUCUACAGCAGUGAUUCUAUAAUGGUGUGAACCACCUUGCUGUAAAGGCUAUUGUACUCUACAAAGAGAAAAGGAGGAAAAAAGAAAGAAGGCACCUUCAGGAUGCUAGCAAUUUCCUCUCAGCAGGACUUCAGAAAUCAGCCUUUUAUCAGUGACUUUCUUUCCCAAUAGUCUGUACUACUAAUGGUAGAUAAUUCAUAUAGGUGCAAGAUAUGGAUCAAGAUGGAAAUAAAUGUUCCUCUCAUCCUUUCAGAUAUAAUUUGAUUCUGCCCCUAUGAAUUAGUUGGCUAGUGAAAAUAACCUGAAAAGCCACCUUGCCAAUGAAUGGAAGUAAUUAUAUGUGGAACCAUUCUUCUUUCCAGGCUAUCAUGGCUCAACUCCCUCAGGAGCAAAAAGCAAAAAUCGCUGAACAAGUUGCCAGCUUCCAGGAAGAAAAGAGUAAAUUGGAUGCUGAAGUGUCCAAAUGGGAUGAUAGUGGUAAUGAUAUCAUUGUUCUGGCAAAACAGAUGUGCAUGAUUAUGAUGGAAAUGACAGAUUUUACCAGGUAAGGAUUCCUUAUUGACAUGCCAUCUAAAUAAGCAUUUUGGGGGCAACUUUAUUUCAUAUCCUUUGUCCAACAAGGCUCUGUUAGAUUUACAUUAGUUCCUAAAUGCUAUUGACUGACCCGACUAGUAUUGUCUGUUUUCAAUCUGGCUUUAGCCCUUGCUUUGGUACUGAAACUGCCUUUGUCAGCCUGCAGGGUGGUGAUUAGUGUAGAGAGAGAGGGGACUGAUUCUCCUGGAUCUCCCAGCAGCUUUUGUUAACAUCAACCAUGGAAUCCUCUCAAGAUCCUGUCCAAGUUAUAUGUGCAUAGUACUUUUCUGCUGUGGUUCUAUUCGUGCCUAGGUUACCACUUCCAGGAGGUGGUGCUGGGGGAUUUCUGCUCUGUUUCAUGGCCCCUUGUCUCAUAGGGUUCCAUCUCAUCCCCCAUGCCGUUUAGCAUCUACACAAAGCCACUGAAUGAGAUCAUCCAGGGAGGGAGGGAUAAAACGUAGAUUAUGGAAGUGCUUUAUCAGUGCCUGGCAAUGGUAAUGGGAUGAGAGCCAAAAGGCUGAAGCUCAAUCCAGACCAGAUUGAGGUUCUGCUAGUGCAUGGUUCAUCUGCCCAGAUCAAUUGUAGUUCACCCUGUCCUUGAGGAUGUUGCACUCCCUCCUAAUGGACCAGGUUCAUCACUUGAGGGCACUCACCUGUCUUUGCAUCUAGAGGUGUGUCAUGAGACACUUUUUACCAUCUUAGGCUAGAGCUCUCUAUGGGGGGCAGAGAGAGACUGGCUUCAGUGAUCCAAGUCUGGGUCAUUUGUAUUACUACAGUGGCUUGUAUCCAGUGAAGUGCUGUUAGUGCAAGCAUUUCACCUUGUGCACCAAUACUUCCUUUUCCUGUGUGCCUGUGCAAAUUUGUUUUGGGUUCCCCCCCCCAAAAAAAAACCACACACACACUUCAGAGCAGAUAGCUGGGAGCAUGGGUGGAGUUAGAAAGAGAUGGUUCUCUUGCUUGGGCAGAAGUCCUUGCACUAACAAUUUCAUUUGGAAACAACCCAGUGUGAUGUGUGUGGGCCUGCUUUUAAAAACGGUGAGAAGCUUUAGUUGGUACAGAAUAUAGGUACAAUAAUACACACUGGAACUGGGUAUUCUGAAUAUAAUAUGCUUGUACCUUGCCAUCUCCCCUGACUCAUGUUCCUCAUUUCGUGCCCAAUUCAAAGAACUGGUUUUGACCUUUAAAAUCCUUCUUGGCUUGAGACCUCAGUAUCUGGAAGAUUACCUCUUCCCUACACUUUGAAAUCAUUAUCCAUGGCCCUUCUCUAAAUGUCCUCUACAACUGGGGAAUGCCAUGUGGUUUCGAGAGGGCCUUUCCGUUAUUUGUCCUUUCAGUAGCAGUUGGAUACCUUUUUAUUGUCCCCGGCCUUUUAAACUAUAAUGUGGGUUUGAUACUGCCUUAGCUGUGUGGAUUUUUUCCCCUCUGUCCUCUUUGGAAUUUUAGUGCUGCAAAGUCUCUACUCUGUUUUAAUGUAGUCUUUCUGGUUUUCAUUGGCUAUGUUUCAUUUUAUUCUCUUUGAUUCUGGCAAGCUAUCCAGAGAUCUUCUGCUGUAGGGUGCUGUAUAAAUUGUAGAAAUAAAUAAUAAAUGUCUGAAUAACUAAAGCUCUCUCCAGCACAUGCAUUGCUGAACAUAAUUUCAACAUUAUUUUGGAAAUCCCACAUUUUGUGAAGAUUAAAAUGUAACUUCCUACAUUGAUUAUCUGUGAUGCAUACAUGGAGAUUCCAGGAAACUGCAUAGAAAUUGUGUUCAAUUUGUGAUCUGUAUUCUGAAAAACUGGGCCAAAAUGAUAUUUAUUUUAAAAUAGAGGACAAUAAAUAAGGUUUCAUAGUACUUAAAUAUUAAGCAGAGAAGGGUGUUUUGUUUUGUUUUGCAUAUUGCAAUGAUGUAAUGAUCUGACACUUGAAAUUAGUUGACUUUUGGUUUAUUUUUAUUAUAGGUUAAUGACUGUUUUCCAAAGAGUAUAGGAGUGUCCAAGAGUUUGGGCCUGCCUUGUUUGUUUUUGUUUGUUUGCAGAGAUUUAGAUAGGAUUUUAUAUAUACGCAUAGAUUCAUAUGAUCCCACCAACCUGUAAAAGAUCCUCUUUUUGUGAAAGUGGCGGGGUCUGUGUUCAAGAAAUGCAAAUGCAGUCUCCUCAGAUACUCAGAACUACCUGCACAAUUCUUUGGUUCCUUCCAAUAUGUAGUAUGAUACAGAACUAUGUGAAGAACCUGGUUCACAAGUUUUACCUUUUUAGAUCUGAAACAUACUGUACAUUAAUAAUAUGAAGCAAUCUUUUACAGUGUGCUUUAGUGCCACAUUAGGGCAGCCUAGUUGUAGCCAUUCUUGUACAGCUGGAGAGAAUUGAGAAACAAAGAUGUCCUUGAUUUGUGUUCCUGAUUCUAAUGGACAAAUGCUGUGCUCUCUUUUUUUUGCAGAGGGAAAGGGCCACUGAAAAAUACAUCUGAUGUGAUUAGUGCAGCAAAGAAAAUUGCAGAAGCUGGGUCAAGAAUGGACAAGUUAGGACGGACAAUUGCUGAUCAUGUGAGUUGGAACUGAUUUUUCACAAGCUUUUAGUUUAAUUUAAACAUUGGUUUUAGGUUCACGAGUACAAGAGUCCUGGAGCUAGCAGCUUGUUUUAUGGUGUCUUCUGACUCAAAUUAUUGAUUCUUUGUUCUCCUCCACUUCAGCUUUUUUAUUUGUAGCUGGAUCGCUAGUUUGCCCUGAGUUUUGGGGAAGCUUGGUGUUCACUUCAAAAAUUGUCAUUGAGCGUAGAGUUCUCCAAAGAAAGCUGUUACUUUCCACUGCUCGUUUUUUCCCCCCAUACAUUGCUCUGCAACUACUCAAUCAUUGUGGAUGUUUGGACACCUUACACAAAAAAACAACAACACAACCUUGAAAGAACUGCCUCACUGUGUGUUCCCAGCAUUAGUAAAUGCAGGUUAAGUUGUAACCUUUCAACUUUGUUUUUGAAUAAUUACUCUCUGAACACUUGCGUUAUACUUCCAGUUGUACAAUUUCAUAUUUGAGACACACAUUCAUUGUGAAGUUCUGCAAAUUGCUCUGGCUUGGCACGGUCUGACCUUAUGGAAGAUAAGGAGCCUGAAGGCAAGCAGUCACACAGCACUUAACCAUAUGUGCUUCUAGAAUGCAGUGGAAUUACUACAUUGCCCUUGUCUUGCAUGCCACCAGCAGAGAUAUCAGUAUUUUGGAACUUGCAUCUAUCUCAAACUGUAGAACUGAAAGCAAUAAUAGCUUUUCCCAUUUGCAGUUACAAAGUACUUUUUCUCACCAUUUAGAUGAAUUUUCACGCAUUGUGAGAACUUCAUUCAUUCAGUAUUGCAUCCCAUUGUUAACUUAAUUCAUUCUGCCUUUUUUUUUAAUUCACUUCGCAGUGUAUAUAUUUUGGAAUUCUCAAAAGUGAAGACAUAUAUUUUGCAGCCAGAUUAGUUAAAGCAGGAAAAUCUGACCUUCUGUGCAAACUAGCACAAUUUAAAGCAUUUUAAUGCCUUACAGGUGCAAGUUCAGGAUGUUGCCAUUAUAGAUUGAAAGGCAAUGAAUAGCUCGUGCAAUUGCUCUCAACAAGCAAUUAUUCAAAGUAUCUACUUUUGCAAACAAAGUGAACAAUAUACGUGAUAAUAAUGAAACAUUUAAUUCUCAGCCAUUCACUUUCGAUUUUCCACUAUGCAGUGUAGAAAGCCUAAAUGUGCAUUCACUAAAUAGAUACACUAUUUAUUUAAAAUUAGAAGCAAAUAUCUUUUGUUACAUAUUAGGCUAUGGGAUCCAUGGGUGAUAUUUAUACUGUGUGGGGAAAUUCUUAGUGCUUGGUGUAAUGGGCUGAGGCUGGAAACCUGAGUUCAAUUCCUGCUCAGCCAUGAAGCUCACAGGAUAAAUUCUUCGCAGACUUGUGAUAAAAUGAGAGGAACUAUAAACUGCUUCGAAGUUUUUCUACCAUUAAACCAUGUAUGCUGCCACCUUAAGUUUUUUGUUUUAAAACAAAAGCAUAAUACAUUUCAAAAGAGAGAAGCCUCAAUUAGGGCAUACUGUGAAAUCCAUAUACCUGUAUUAUUACUGUUUAUAGAUCAAUCAGCGUAUAUAGACAGGCAUUUUGCCAAACCUUUUUUACAAGGUGAUGACUGACCUGGUGGCCGUUGAUAUUAUCAGUCUUUGUGCAAGAGGUAUUCUACAACAUAAGCUUUUUGCCUAACUUAGAUAUUUAGGGUAGCCUGUAUGUUCAUUGGGGGACUGGAAACACUAUUGAUAUGUGGUACACUGAUCAGUUCUAAUGUCUCAGAACUAAAUACCAAUUUUAUUUCUGUCCUCAGUGCCCAGAUUCUGCUUGCAAACAGGAUUUGCUAGCCUAUCUGCAACGUAUUGCUUUAUACUGCCACCAGCUAAACAUCUGCAGCAAAGUGAAGGCAGAAGUUCAAAACCUGGGAGGAGAACUCGUUGUGUCUGGGGUAUGUAAAUUUCUGAACACUUCGGUUUUGGCUUCCGUCUACACCAACAGUUGUACAAACUUCAUUUAUGUUAAUUUUUUAGGAUUCUGAACAAACUUUGUGUGUCUUCAUUUUGUUUCUGAUCUCUGAAUAUAUAAAUCUCCUUUUGGAAAGAUUCCUGGAGCAUCUUGGUUUUGCUCAAAAACUCAUUACAAUUGUUUCUGAUGAUCCUUACAUACUUAGAUAUUUCUGGUAAGUCAGAGGCCAUGCUAGAUACGCAAAGUAUUGUGCAAUUUUUCACAGUUGUGCUAUACUUUUCAUUCAGAGAGUAAAUUUACUUUCAUUCCUGUAAGAUACAGGCUACAUCUAAACUUUGUUCUGCAGCUAUCCAGAGCUGAGACCAUUCCACAGCUGCAUUCUGAAUAAUGGUUUAUUUUCUGAAAGCAUCUUAGAAUCUAGAUCAAAUCCUUUUACUUCUUUCCAAACUACCAAUUCCAAGUCAUUCUUUCCUGCCAUCAUGUAUGCUUGUUUCUCAUCACUUUUUACAUCAAACUGCUUGUCUUUAAAACUCUCCACAAACCUGUCCCAUUCUAUUGUUUCUGCUUGUGCCUUGUGCUCCUCCCAGUCUACCAGUCAGCCGCUUGGGACUUCUGCUUUCAGGCUCCCCCACUUAUUUCUUUUUCUGGCCCUGGAACUUCCUAGCAGAAUAACCAAGCAAUGCUCUCUUUCCCUUGGAAACCUGUAGUUUUAACCCUUUGGCCCCCAGCUUAGCUGUGCGCACAUCAUUUUCAUCCCAUCUUACCUUCCCCUUUUAUCUCAUUGCCACCAUUGGAAACUUCUUCAGGCAGUAGUGAGAGUCUUUUUCUCCUCACCUCCCCGUAGGUCUAUAUUACGCGAGGGGUCAGCAAAUUUUUUCAGCCGUGGGCCAGUCCACCGUCUCUCAGACCAUGUGGUGGGCCAGACUAUAUUUUGAAGGAGGAAAAUGAACGAAUUCCUGUGCCCCACAAAUAACCCAGAGAUGCAUUUUAAGUAAAAGGACACAUUCUACUGAUGUAAAAACAUGCUGAUUCCUGGACCGUCCAUGGGCCGGAUUGAGAAGGCGAUUGGGCUGCAUCUGGCCCCUGGGCCUUAGGUUGCCUACCCCUGUAUUAUGCUGUAAAGCACAUUGUAUAUUGAUGGUGCUAAAUCACUAUCAGCAUUUUCUCACACUUUUGCUAUACGCACUGUAGUCUCUUCCACUUCCCCUUCACUCUGAAAAACUGGAGCAGUUUUGUAGCACUAAAAAAAAUUUCAUUGGGCGAGUGCGUUUGUGUACCCAAAUGUAAGACUGCAUGCUCCCCUACAGCAGUGCAGUUCCCCUGUCCAGUACUAUGCUGACAUCUUCAAGGGUUUACAUUUAAGGAGUAAGUUUUUCCAGCACAAGAAUGCUAUCCCACUGUAUCAAGGUUCCCCAUUUAUCCAUAAAAGUUUUAUGCAUUAAACAGUGAUUGUGAUAGAGACACCUUAGUGGUGGUCAGAACAUGGUUCUUAUUGCUCCACAAAACUACUACAUCCUCAACUUUUUUUUUCUGAUCAUCAAAAGGCUUGUUCUUAGCUACACCUUGUGUUUAGACAAUUACUUUCGCAGAAGGGAAUUCACACUAUAAGAUACGGGAGAAAUGAAAGGUUCAGAUCCUAAAUCUUGCAAGUGGCUGCUUGAAGAAGAAGAAAACAAGCGAAUUCCGCCUUUGAGAAUAAUGGCAAACUAAAGCAGAAACAUAUAGUAGUGUUGGCAGCAGCACCUUCACGUAGAGUACAUUUGGUGUAGCAAUAGGCUCCUAGCAGAUCUGUCACAACCAGGGGGAUAGUGGAUGAGCACUGCAGAAAACACAACAUGCAUUGCUGUGGUAUUCUGCAUGUGAGGGCACUCUUUGGCAAGGCUCCCGGGAUGGGAGAAAGACAUAGCUGUUACCCCGACAGCCCGCUAACAUGUUCCCUGGGGUUUUACUGAGACUAUAAAAUGCCUGUGUGGCUUACAUGGUCUUCUGCCAUAAAUAAUUGUCUGUCUCCAAGCUAGACUCGGUAGAAUGUAGUUUAAUACACACUGAAAAAGAAAAGUGCAUACACCGUGUAGGUAUCCCUUUCCCCAUCAGCCAGUUGAACAAUGACCUAGUUUGUUACAGCACUUGCCUUCCCAUUAAGUGUUUGUUUGUGAUGUAUAAAUACAACAUUUUGGAAUCUGGGAAAUAAAAAAAUAAAAGUUAAAAUCGGCAAAAGGAGUAAGGAAUCCCAUAUCACUUGUUUAUGCCGUUCUUUUUUUAAAAAAUAAUAAUUUUUAUUGUUUAUAUUGUUUAUGCAGUUCUUGGUCAGAAGGAUUUUGUUAAAUGCAGGGCAUACAGGAAUGGUUAUUCUCCACUGAUAUGCAGAAUCUGAGAAAUGGCUGCAAUGGAUCCUAACCCAGAUUCUCUUUGUAAAUGUCGACAUUAUCUGUGCUGCUGUAGAAAUCAUAAAAAUGAAAAGGCAGUCUUGAUCUGUUGAUUAAGAGGCCUAAAUCAGUUAAAGGUCCCUCAAAAUAUGCCAAGCAGUUAAUCUUUUUGAAGCUUCCCUCAUGGAGUCUUUAAAUUCUGAAUUCAAACAAUCUGUGCUACCCUACCUGUUGCCACCUUCUGUCAAUCUGCAUGUCCUUUUUGACAGUGCAGUGAUGUGAUCCUUCACCGAUGUUAAUAUGAUACAUUUCAAUGCAAGCAGAUAGUGGUCACUAUGCAGCGCUGCACAGUGGACACAUCAGCUAUUGACACAAAGUGAUGGGACACAACAGAAUGCUGGCAGAAAUUGUGCAGUGCAAUUGUGUGCUUACGAUUCCAUAUUUUAUCAGUUUGUUAAAAUAUGUUGACUUAGUAGAGUAGAUAUCACAAUCCAAAUUGACACAUGCAAGAGCUGGCUUAUCCUUCAUUGGUGUGGUUUCAUAUUUCAAAAAUUCUCCACAGGUUGUUUUUUCCCCCUUCACCUUGGCUUAGUUAAAUUUUCCUUACUGUCCAUCUCAUUCUGUAUGUUCCUCAUGAAUAGCAGUAGGCCAUGGAGCCCUCCAUUUGAAAGCCCUGUCUCAAAAUACAUAGACAGCUGCUAGCAGCAGCAGAAUAACCUUCACAGUCUAGACCAGUGGUUUUCAACCAGUGGGCCGUGGCACCCUAGGGUGCCUUGAAUGAUGGUCAGGGGUGCCGCGGGCAACACUGGCCUCUGUCCCUCUUUCCUUCCCUCCCUUCUCUGAUACUCUCUUAUGUCUCUGCCCUCCAACGGCUUGCACAGCUGUUGGUUGCAGCAGCCCUGGCUACAAGCUCACUAGGAGAAUGGUGCCUCUGGGGCUGGUCAGGGGUUGCUGGUUGCCAGGAGCUGAGGCAGCCUCAAGAGUAAGCAGGCCAGGGAGUCCAGCCAGCCAGUCCACCAGCCCUUGCUGUUGGGAAUGAACAGGCAAGUACUAGUGUGAGGAAGCAGCUCUCUUUGGAACAGGGGGCAGCAGCAGCGAGACCAGGGGCGGCAGCAGCGGCUGCCAGGAGGACUCCCAAGGAGAGGGGAGAGGAGGCAGAGGAAACACUGCACAAGGGAGGGUGUUUGAAAAAGAGUGGGAGGCUUCCAGCUCUGCAGGCAAGGGAUGACAUAACUGGACUCCUGAGCCCCACAGGGAUGCCGCAGAAAGAAUGGUCAAGGGAGCCAUGGAAUCAAAAGUUGAAAACCUCUAGUCUAGACCAUAUAGUAUAAGCAGAGACAGAACAGAGAAGAAGCUCUGUGGAACAAUAGCUCCAGGUUCACUGAUAUGUCAACAAAUCAAUUUUCAGAGAGGUGGAGUGGAACGAGAUCUUGCCCUCCUCUGUUGCUGCUUAAAAAAUUGAUUUAUAGCCGAUGGGCUCAGAGCAGGUAGCAGUUACCACAUGAGACAAGUUUUCAGCAUGAGCAUCAUUUAUACUGAGCCAGCCACACCCUCCUGCUCUUCUAGUUUACAGAAGCUUACGUCCUGAUAAAUGUUAUUUUUUUGAAAUGCCAAUGACGGUUUUUGCUGCAACAGGCCAAAACACUGCCAUACCUUUGGAAAUCCCUUCCUAACUGCUUUUUCUCUCAAGUAAUUGCUAAACUGAGGGCUUAUUUAAAUAAGCUUAUUUAACUAAAUUUUCUCCAAUCACCAUUUGACUAUUAAGUACUGUACUUUUGCCCAACGGUCCUGUUAAAAGAAACACUCCAUGGUUUUUUUAGUGAAGUGCUGAAGACUCCUUGGAUAGUCCAAGAUUACCGGUAUGUCUGCAGCGCUAAGGCAUGUAUGUGUUGAUAAUUUUUUAAAAAAUAUAUGUGCUCCUCUUCCUUUGUUUACCUGCAUAUGAAAACACAAGGUUUUCACCCAGAAGCUUGGCGUGUAAGGAAGAAUUCCUUAAACCUACGCAGGCAAAAGCAGAAUACUGAAGUUAUUUCAGUUUAGCAUGAAGACUUUUAAUACUUCAUGCCAUGCCAGCAAUCAGGGCGAGCUUUAAUCUUACAAGAGUGCUUAUGUUUUGAAAGUGAUGAGGGUCUGUGUUUCAUGAUUGUGUAUCCAGCCGUCAGAUGACUGGGGAAUCUUGACUGGCUGUAUGCAGUGAUUGAGUUCAUAUUAUUCAAGAGCUAUGGACAUGCGUUCCUUGGAUAGCAGCCCUUGUCUCCGCCUCCCCCCGCCCAAUGCCAGAUAGAAAACCUCUUUUGAAAAUUAAGGGGACUUCCAAAAGUAGUCUGAUUGGAUGCAGGGUUCCGAUUCUGACAUUUUUGCUUUGAGUGCAGCUAAAGAAGCCCUUUGAAUCCUGCUCACUGCUUUCCUUCUUUAAAGGUAAAGGGACCCCUGACCAUUAGGUCCAGUCGUGGCCGACUCUGGGGUUGCAGCGCUCAUCUCGCUUUAUUGGCCGAGGGAGCCGGCGUACAGCUUCCGGGUCAUGUGGCCAGCAUGACUAAGCCACUUCUGGCGAACCAGAGCAGCGCACGGAAACACUGUUUACCUUCCCACCAGGGCGGUACCUAUUUAUCUAAUUGCACUUUGACGUGCUUUCCAACUGCUAGGUUGGCAGGAGCAGGGACCGCGCAACGGGAGCUCACCCCGUCGCAGGGAUUCGAACUGCCGACCUUCUGAUCGGCAAGCCCUAGGCUCUGUGGUUUAACCCACAGCACCACCCGCACCCCCGCUUUCCUUCUUUAUUCUCCUCCAAUUCUUCUAAAGCAAGCACCAUGCUCAGUUUCAACAGGAAACCUCUAUGGUAAAGGAAUCUAACGUAUGUAAAGAGACAAUUUAAAUGGUUAUUCGAAGCAUCUUCCGUUCUGCCUUUCCUAAAAUGCUGCACAAUGAGCACUAUCUGAAACUAAAGGGACUUUCUUGCUGACCUGCUUUUAGGUGGACAGUGCCAUGUCGCUGAUUCAAGCUGCCAAGAACCUGAUGAAUGCUGUGGUGCAAACAGUGAAGGCCUCCUACGUGGCGUCCACAAAAUACCAGAAGUCUCAAGGGAUGGCUUCUCUGAACCUGCCAGCCGUGUCCUGGAAAAUGAAAGCCCCAGAGAAGAAACCACUCGUCAAGCGAGAGAAACAGGACGAAACGCAGACCAAAAUCAAGCGCGCCUCCCAGAAAAAGCACGUCAACCCAGUGCAAGCGCUCAGUGAAUUCAAGGCAAUGGAGAGCAUUUAA